GGGCGGCGACUGGCUUGCUUGGAGAGGCAGGGCUGGGCAGCAGAGAGGGCGGAGCUCGGAGAACCACAGAAGGUGCCGCGGGAGGGCAGGACGCACCUGGGGAGACCCGCUGGAUGUGAGUAGCGCCGGCACCGGGGCAGGGAGGGGAGGAGCGCGCUGGAGAGGAAUUUGGAUCAGUGGCUUCGGCCGGGGAGAGGGCUUGGCUGGAAUAAGCCUGGAUUCAGGGGAGGCAAAAGCCUCAUGCAGCAGAAGGGACCGGGUCCUCCCUUGCGAGGCCGGGGGUGCGGGAGACGAUCUGCUUAUUCCUUGCCCCCAGGAAAGAAAUGGGGGUGGGGUUCUUGAUGGCGCGCCGGGCACAGCGCUGCCCCCGCACCUUUCUUCUCUCUCUCUCUCUCUCUCUCUCUCUCUCUUACGCCGCGGAAAGCUCAGGGCAGGAGGGUGUUGCAACCGCGGGAAGAAUGGGUGUGGGAAUAAGGCAACGUUCUAAACAAGGGUUUUAUUGGGGGCGGAAUCCUACUUGGAAGUACCCCCUCUGAUCGCGAUGCCCCGCCCCUCCAACCCCUGAAAAGUUUGAGGUCGCGUGCUCUGCUUCUUCUGAGGGAGGUGUACACGAUCCCGGACACGAGAGGUCCCUUUUCUUCAGUAUCCCAGAGCUCGCACACAUUUUGAAUUUCGCGUGUGACUGGAUCGCAGCUGUGAUUAGUGUGCUUGCGUACGUGCGCGACUGUAUUUUAGUUCGUAUUCUUCCAGAGUUUAAAAUACAACUCAUCACAGGCCCUCAGGAAAGUGUGCAACUCUUAAAUCAGAGAUAGGGAAUGAAUGGCCUGCCAGAUGUUACUGGACUACAACGCCCAUCGUCCCUGGCCACUGGCCUUGCUGGCGGGGGCUGAUGGGAGUUGGAGUCCAACAACAUCUCGGGAGGGCAGAGCUUUCGCUGCCUUUGCCUUAACAGCUUAGCUGAAUGCACGCACGUUACUAAUUGUGAAUGGAAUGAGAAGUGUAUAGCAGAUUCAGGGAGAGAUUGGGAGCAGUCUGGUCGAACUCCUGACAUUCUAAAUGUUCUUGAAAUUACGUAUGUGGGCUUGACUCCCUGGUUUUCAUUCUCAAAGUGGUCCUUUGGGAGAUUUGGGUGCUGACCCGCCUUUUAGAAUGAAGGAAUGAGCGCUUUCUCCUGAGCUCCCGGCUUAUCUGACAAUGUUGUGAUUGUACGAACACGAAGUGCUUCUCUUAAGAGCCUGAAAUCUCUUGCGUGAUGGCAGUGGGGGCAUGCACCCCCUCCCAGCCUUUAGAAUUUAAUCUUUGAGGGAGGCAGCGCUAAUGCAGCCCGGGGAUGUCAGUACUCAAGAUGUCAAAAGGCUCCAUCUGUCUAUUUUAAGAAUACGGGGAGGCGGAGGGAUUAGCUAGGCUGGCUAGUUAGACAGCCAAGCGUUCCACCAUAUGCUUUCUAAUUUUCCUUCUUUCUCCCUCCACCCCAUUUCUCUCUCUCAUGUGCGUGAGUUUGGUUGCCCGUGGGGGAUGGUUGCUCUUAAUUUAUAAGCACAAUUUGAGCCACUAAUUGAAGAUCCUUAGUUAUUCUAGUUGCACUCAAUUCAGUGUCACUUCCCCAUACUGUAUUUCCCUUCCUAAACCUUCACCUGAGAGGUUCAAAAGUAUUCUGUUGUUGUUUCUAUUGCUGGACAUAUUUUAGCAGGAGGGGUGGGAGCGGAGAUCUGUUUUAUUAUUAGCAUUUAUGAUAGCAGGUUCCCGCACUCCCCAUCUAAAGUUCUUAUAGGAAUAUCAUUUUUAGCAGCUAUUUCUGCACGGCUACCAUAUAUUUCAGUAAUUCCACACAAGCUUAUUUAUGCUGGUAUUUAUGUGCUUUCCUACAGGUAAGAUCAAAACGCUUGCAUUAGGGCAUGGGUGUGGAACUCCCGAGCAAUUUGGUGGACUACAACUCCCAUCAUCCUUGACUGCUGGCCCUGCUGACUGGGGCUGCUGGGAGUUGGAGCCCAAAAGCAGCUGGAGGAUCACAGUGUUACAAACCCAGUUUGGGGUGGAAAUGCACAAGUUGGUCUAGUGCUUCUGCUUACAGUGGUACCUUGUGUUACAGACGCUUCAGGUUACAGAUGCUUCAGGUUACAGACUCCGCAAACCCAGAAAUAGUACCUUGGGUUAAGAACUUUGCUUCAGGAUGAGAACAGAAAUUGUGUGGUGGCGGCACGGCAGCAGCGGGAGGCCCCAUUAGCUAAAGUGGUACCUCCGCUUAAGAACAGUUUCAGGUUAAGUACGGACCUCCAGAAUGAAUUAGGUUCUUAACCCGAGGUGCCACUGUAUUAGGGCUGCCAACUUACUAAAGCAAUUUAAAAAAUAAAAUAAAAAGGUGCAUUUUAAUCAUGGCAACAGGUUCCUUGUCCUUGCAUGAUGGACUCUACAAUCACAGGACAUGUUGUAGAUAGUUUUCCCAGAAGAACUCACAUUCUUCUGGAAUAAUUAAGGUUAUUCCAGGAACAAAUACAUUGAAAAGUGCUUUCUUUUGAUAUAGCUGUUUUUGGUGGAGGGAAAUGACCUGACCUGCUUGGUUAUUGGGAAAUAACCUGACUUUGCAUUUAGGGUUGGGGAACCUGCAGCAUUUCCAGAUAUUGGUAAACGUCAGCUUCCCAGAGGGACUUGGGGGUCCCGCACUAUGAAACUGCAUCAAGCGAUAUUUUAUUUUAUUUAUACCCACUCUGCCUUUUCCUCUUUUUUAAAAAAACCAAUAUUUUAUUAAAGCAAUAUAUUAAAUAAACUAAGUAACAUAACAAACAAACAAGAUACACACUGUUAUUGCUAACAUGAGCAAUUUUAACUUGGAGCAGUUUGAUUUUUACUGUCUCUCUGGACGGACAGUAACAGCUUUCGUUGGUUUUAAUUUGUUAUGUUUGUAUGAAUCAUUGCCAUUAAUAAUAAUAGUAAUUGCAUUGAACUUCUCCUUUACUCCUCUGUUAGCUGCCCUGGAAACAUAAAUUCAAACCACAUUUUGUAAAUGUUUAGGGCUCUGGAGUGCAGGGAAGGCAAGUGCUGCUGCUUCAUUUCUUGAAUUUCCUUCCCAUCCAUUUAUUUGUUUAGGUUUUCUUAGCACUGGAAACCACAGUGUCAAUGGAAAGCAAUAAUUUUAGACUCUGGUUGCUUUUGCCAGCACCUUAAGGUACCCCUGCCCGUCCGGGCCAGUCGUGACCGACUCUAGGGUUGCGCGCUCAUCUCACUCAAGAGGCCAUGAGCCGGCGCCGUCUGAAGACACUUCCGGGUCACGUGGCCAGCGUGACGAAGCUGCAGCUGGCGAGCCAGCGCAGCACACGGAAACGCCGUUUACCUUCCCGCUAUAAAGCGGUACCUAUUUAUCUACUUGCACUUAGGGGUGCUUUCGAACUGCUAGGUGGGCAGGAGCUGGGACCGAACGACGGGAGUUGACCCCACCGCAGGGAUUCGAACCGCCGACCUUACGAUCGGCAAGUCCUAGGCACUGAGGUUUUACCCACAGCACCACCCGUGUCCCUCUUGCCAGCACCUUGGUACUGUCUAAUGAGCACAAAUUCCACUCCACAGAACAGGGGUGAAGACACAACCUCCAGAUGCUGCCAACGUCCAGCCCUGCUGGCUGUGGCUGAUGGGAGCUGGAGACCCUCAGCUUUUGGAAGGCCACAGGUUCCCCACCCCAGCACUAAACUGUGAUUGACAUCCAUCUGUCGUGAGAGACAAUGGAGUGCACCUACAGGGGUGAAGUCAAAACUCUGUGUGGGCAGCACUGAAGUGAUACCCCUGGGGUGCAAACCUGGGCAGUGUCUAUGGAGGUCCUGGGAUGCCCAGACAGCAAUAUCCUGCUUUUUGCUUCACUGAUGUGGUCCAAAGGAAAGGAAAGCAAUGCGUUUGGCACCAGCUUGGUUGCAAGAGUUGCCGGAAGGAGGUGUUCGAAGCGCCAUCCAACUGCCUUAGGGACUCCACUCUGGAUUUGUGUAGGUUUUACUCCUUCAGCUUUUCUUUUCCCCAAGAUAUCCUGCAAGGCAGCGGAGGUUUAGGACAGAGCUUUCCUUCUCCUAGAUGGGCUCCCUUCCCAGGUUGACAAGCCCCAUCUACCGCUUCUUGAAAUACUUUGUACACUGGAACAAAUAGCGUAUUUUCUACUUCUUUACGCAUAGCAACCUCUGGAUAUUUCGUUAUCCUAGCAAAUAAACGUUUUCACAUCUCCAAUCAAUCUCUGCCUGAUGCUUAAUUGCAUUUUUAAAUCUGGUGAACAUAAUCUAAUACAUGGUUUUAAUGGGAUAAAAUACACAGGGCCCCGGUCAAUAGGCCUGAUCUUCUGCCUCUUUCCUCGCCUCCUACUGGAGGAUUGCUGCUAAUCUUUGUCUUGCUAGCAUAGCCGCUUGGUUAGGCUCUGUGGUUAGCCUCCAUAUCAUUAGUUACAUAAUGUGGGCAUCAAAUGAUGCAAAAGAAGAGCAAGCACAGGGUAGAAGCUGCAUCUCUUGGUUUCUCUUGGGGUUGCAUGAAAAUGUUACCCUGCAAAAAAAAAUUCAAGGAAAAGAUCUGCUUUCAGGAAGCAAACAAACCUACUUUUGUAACAACUUGCAUUUUUCUCUCUGCUCAUUUGCAGCUCUGGUGAGGUACUUUUAAUAUUUUCUCUCUCUCCAAAAUUCUGCACAGCAAAGAGACCUGCAUAACCUACUCAGCAUCCAUACCACUUGACUUCAUCUCCAUCUUCAAAAUACCUGCAAUUAGGGAUGGAAGGAUCUGUCAAUUCUGGUUCUCUCAGUUUCUCGUUUUUCGAAUCUUAAAUUCAGUUCUCCACAUUUCUACAGCAAUUUAUGAACAUGUGGUGAUUUGUUUGUUUUUUAAAUCCUCAUGGAAAUUCGUCAACAUUCUUGUGCGAAUGUCUUUUAAUAAACACAUUUUUGUAUGCAGUUUUGACAGAUUCACACAUUUUUGCAAGCAAGGUCUCCUCUAAUAUAAUGGAUUUCUGUGUUAUUUUCACUAGCAUAAUUAUUUUUAUGCACACUUUUACCUAAUAUAUGCCUGGGGAGGGGGGGUAAACAUUGUUUGGAGGAGUGCAGCACAAAAUUGAAAUAAAUAUAAAUUUCAGUAGAUGAGUGUGCUUUGGUUCUUGGAUGAUUCCAAAAAGUGCAAAUUUGAUAGAGUCACCUUUAAAUGCAAACUAAAUCAAAUUUUUCCCUUAUCCCAUGAAAGAGCUACAAGUAAAUUGUGUAGGUAUUCUGUAGGUACUCUUCUUUCUUCAUUGCAUUUCACCUCUUUCAAGUACACCUCCCCACUAACAUACACAUUUUGCACGCCCUUUAUAAAUGCAAUAUACCUACUUUUGUGUGCAUAUUUUGGGACUGAAAAUCUGGAGAAAUGUGUGAUCCAACUACUAGUACUGCUGUGAUCCACAAGCAGCUUUGGAAAAGUCAAAUCAGGUUGAUCUGCUGAAAAAAAAGUGGACAAAUUCUUCCUACUCUCCCUGGUAUUUUGCACCUGAGUUCCUGAACCCACCUUCAAAGAUCCCACUGCCCCUUAACAUCUGUUUACUCCACUUCAAAAUGUAAAGUACGAAACUGUCUGGAUUGUUCCUAUGAUCCUACACUGCAGGACUAUGUACACCUUAAGGGCUUGAGAUGAAUGCAUCAAGAUCGUUCCCCCUGCUGUGGUUCAAGAGAUGUUCUCACAGUGUUAUACACAUCAGAGCAGGGUUGUCUUCAGCCAAUGCUCAGGACCUGCUUGGUUUCUUUGCCACUGCAGCCCCAUCUCCAGAACUCCUAUUCAUGAAGCUGCCAUCUGCACAUGUGUGCACAUUUCUAAAUGUACAAUGGGUAUCUCAAAUGUACACACCUGAUUACAGUACAAAGUGAAUGUGGCUUUAAGCUUUAUAGUCUGAUUGAAGCUGGUUUGAGAGAGAGAGAAAAUGCACCAAACAGCAUUAUUUCUCAGGAAACUACAGGACUGUUUUGGUUUGUGGCUAUCGUAAAUGCAGCUUCAAGAACUAGCAGUGGGAAUGCACUGGCUGAGGAGUAAAGUGUGUAAUUUGUACACAGCCUAGGCUACUUAUUAGAAGAAUGCAGCAAGCCAGGCAGAGAUCUUUUGCAUGUUGCUAACACGUACAGAUUUGAGCUCAGCUUUCACACCAGAUGUUCCUCUUAUUAACAGUAUUCGUCCUCAACUUCACUUGAUAAACCUGGGUUUUGUCUGAGCUUGCCUGUCUUCUUCCCUGAGGAAUUGUAGAGCAGGAAAGCAACUCCUUGUAAGGCGUUUUUAUUUUUUAUUUUAAUCUUGGGUUUUUUUGGUGUGCUUGCCUGCAGAGCUGCUUCUUUGAUGGUGCUCCUCUGUGUUGGUUCCACCCCUCUUCCCCCAGUGAGUUGCAGCUGGGCAGGUUGCCAAACAUAGAAUUGUCACUCUACUUCCAGACGGAAUGAGACAAUGCUCCUGACCAUUCUGUGCCUCCAGUGGCUGCCUUGGUUUGGGUAUCUGCACCAAGUGAUACUUCUUAGGACUGAUGUCGAAGAUGGAGCAACCCCCAGUGAGGAACAGCUAAACCUUUUGUUUGGUUGAGACAAAUAGUCCUGUAAUGAAAAAUUCUGUAGCGUCGCAUCAAGUGAAGAGUCCUCCCCCCGUCUUGAUUUUUCACUAUCGGGUAGCUAUUUACUUAAUGAAAUUUGCAUGCCGCUCAACUGUACAUAAGCCUCCGGGAAGUGGUUUGUAAAGAAUAUGAAGUAUGCAUUAAAACUGACAUUAAAAACAGCUUAUAACAAAAAGCAAAAUGAAUAAAAUCAACAGUUAGAAGUAUGCAUUUCUAAAUCAAAAUAACAGGCUACUUGUCUUUACUGGUCUGAGAAGGUUCACCUAAAUUGAACCGGUAUUAGCAGGUACUGAAAAGAAUACAGCGGUACCUCGGGUUACAGAUGCUUCAGGUUACAGACGCUUCAGGUUACAGACUCUGCUAACCCUGAAAUAAUACCUCGGGUUAAGAACUUUGCUUCAGGAUGAGAACAGAAAUCGCCCGGCGGCAGAGGGAGGCCCCAUUAGCUAAAGUGGUACCUCAGGUUGAGAACAGUUUCAGGUUAAGAACGGACCUCCAGAACGAAUUAAGUUCUUAAUCUGAGGUACCACUGUACAGUGGAAGCAACAGGAUAAUGUCAAUGGGCAGGGAGUUCCGAAGUGUAGGAGCCGUCACACUAAAAUAUCAGUUACUUACAAGUGUGGAAUGAAAAUUCUUAAAAAUGCCAGUUCUGCAGCUCUAAGUUGGGCAUAUGUGGUGUCAGCUGAUGUUUCUGUAGUUACCUGAAGCUGCUUGCUCAAAUGGCUGCUGAUGGUUAGGCUAGGAGAUGCUGUUUCACUCGCACUGAUGGCUCAGGUGGCUACUGAGGAAUGCUGUGCCCCGCAAAAUGAGGUCUGGGAAAGCAGUUGAGAAUGGCAAUAUUGCUAGCACAGGAGGCAGUUGUGCUUGUAGUCGGAAGGAGGAAUCCAGAAUGUAGCAGCUAGCCUGGUAACUGGGAUUGGUUGACCCGUCCUGAGAUACCUACAUUGGCUCCCAGUAUGUUUCCGAGCACAAUUCAAAGUGUUGGUCCUGACCUUUAAAGCCCUAAAUGGUCCUUGGCAAAGUAUACCUGAAGGAGCGACUCCACCCCCAUCGUUGAGCCCAGAGACUGAGAUCCAGUUCUGAAGGCCUUCUGGUGGUUCUCUCACUGUGAGAAGUGAAGCUACAGCCAACCAGGCAGAGGGCCUGCAGUGGCACCGAUCAGAUGUCAAGGAGAUUAGUAACUAUGCAGUCAAACCUUGGUUGUUGAAUGUAAUCUGUUCCGGAAGCCCGUUCUGCUUCCAAAACAUUUGACAACCGAGGCCUGGCUUCCGAGUGGUUGCAAGAGCUUCCUGAACUUAAGUGGAAACCGCAUUGGACAUUUAGCGUCCAAAAAAUGUUUGAAAACCAGAGCAUUACAUUGCAGAUUUUCAGCGUUUGGGAGCCGAAAUGUUUGAAAACGGGGCCAUUCAGGAACUGAGGUUUGACUGUAUAACCUUUAGAAGACAUCUGAAGGCAGCCCUGUAGAGAGCCAGUGUGGUGUAGUGGUUAAGAGCGGUAGUCUCGUAAUCUGGGGAACCGGGUUCGCGUCUCCGCUCCUCCUCAUGCAGCUGCUGGGUGACCUUGGGCCAGUCACACUUCUUUGAAGUCUCUCAGCCCCACUCACCUCACAGAGUGUUUGUUGUGGGGGAGGAAGGGAAAGGAGAAUGUCAGCCGCUUUGAGACUCCUGAAGGGGAGUGAAAGGCGGGAUAUCAAAUCCAAACCCUUCUUCUUCUUCUUCUUUCAGGUUUAAUGUUUUCUUCUGUUUGUAUAUAUGUUGGAAGCUAGAGUGGCUGGGGCAACCUAGUCAGUAGGGUGUGGUACAAUUAUUAUUAUUAUUAUUAUUAUUAUUAUUAUUAUUAUUAUGUUAAAGAGGAGGACUAUGUAGAUGCUGUUUGCUUUGGGGAAAAGUGAUACUGAGUCACAGAGUAGUGCUAUCUGAGUGCCUAUGUUCUUCCUCCAAGCUCAAGCCAUAUAUAUUUGUAAAUAUAUAGAUAUGGGUGGGUUGGGGACUACUCUUAAGCAUCCAGUGCUUUUUCCUUCUAAGCAACCCCAUUAUCAUUGCAAUUUUUACUGCUAAGAAGAGGAGGCGGGGAGGUUGUGAAUGAAACUGGAUUGUGCCAAACCAACAGGCGCAAUGGCAAUUCAAAAACCCUUUGCUUGAAAUUGUAGGAGGGGAGAGUGCUCUUACAUUUAGGUACUCUCUGCUCGUCAGGUUCCCAUGGGCAUGUGAAAGCCACUGUAAGAACAUGAUGCUGAACUAGAUGGGCCAUUGGCCUGAUCCAGUUGACACUUCUUAUGGUCUUAACUGGGUGAAUAUUCAGCCUAUGACAGCUGAGUUAUAUGUGGCAUGAAAACGUUUGCUGUGCCUGUGUAAUAGCCCUAGUUGUAGGAGAGGGCCUAGCUAUGGAGUCUGUAAAAGCAGAAUACGGAAAAAUGAGAGGAGAUGUACUAUUUGGGGCAUGCUGUUAUAUUUGACAAGGAGCAAUAUGGAUCUCAUUAGAAAGAUCUUUCAUCUCCCACCCCACCUCGCUGCCCCAUCGUCAUUAUGCAAAGCCUUCUAAAGCUUAGGAAAAAGUAUAACAGCAUUUCUCUCUGGCUUCAAUUUCCCCAGCACUAGGCAAUCCAAUCAAUAAUUUUUUUGGUCAUUGGUUUAGCAGGGAGAAUGAAUUGGUCCUGCUGCUACAUUUUAAACUCAGUUUUGUUUUGAGUUUCUCUCUGGGUUUCCCUUUCUUUUUGAUGAGGUUUCCCAUCUUAACCAUUUUCUGCAUUUAUUGCAGUUGACAGCUUUUCCCAUUCAAAUGCCUGAAACGUUUUAGUUUGGAGCUCAAGUUCCAAGCUGGCAUACAGAAUGUAAUCCUUGGGAAUUCAGUUCUGAGUGAUAUUAAAUUGUACAAUUUCAGUUUUGAUCUCAGCCUCUCUGUUUCUGGGCUUACUCUGUUGGAUCAAACUGGGGAAGGAAUUUCUAUCUCACUUCCUGAAUUUAUUUACUGUAUCUAUAUACCGCCCUAGAUCCAGAGAUCUUUGGGCUGUUCACAGAAAAGAUCAUAAUAUAUAAAAUCAAAAUAAAAUCAAUAACCCAAAUAACCCCCCCGAAGAGCCACAUUUUAAAAGGGCAUAGUAUGUAAAUCAGAUCAACAAAGGCCUUAAAGAGGAACGUUUUUCCCUGGCACCGAAAUGUGUAUAAUGAAGGCGCCAGGCAAACUUCCCUGGGGAGAGCAUUCCAUGGAUGGGGAGCCACUGCAAAGAAGGCCCUGUUCUCAUGUUGCCACCCUCCGGACCUCUCAAGGAGGAGGCACACGAAGGAGGACCUCAGAAGAUGAUCUCAGGGUGUGGGUAGUUUCAGAUGGAAAGAGGCGGUCCUUGAGCUAUUGUGGUCCUGAGCCAUUUAAGAUUUUAUAGGUCAAAACCAGCACUUUGAAUUGGGCCUGGAAACUAAUUGGUAGCCAGUGUAGUUGGACCAGGAUUUCCAAACUGUCCUCAGAGGCAGCUCCACGUAUAACACAUUGCAGUAAUCUAACCUUGAGGUUAUCACAGCAUAGACAACAGUAGUUAGGCUGUCCCUGUCCAGAUAGGGGCGUAGCUGGGCCACCAGCCAAAGCUGAUGGAAGGUGCUCUGGGCCACUGAGGCCACAAGUGCCUCGAGCGACAGCAAAGGAUCCAGGAGGACUCCCAAGCUGUGAACCUUCUCCUUCAGGGGAAGUAUAACCCCAUCAAGAACAGGAGAUCUCCCAGCCAUCUGCUCUAGGGAACCACCCACUAACAGUGUCCCAGUCUAAUCUGGAUUGAGCUUCAGCUUGUUGGCUCUCAUCCAGUCCAUUACUGAGGCAAGACACUGGUCCAGCACUUCCACUGUCUCACCUGCAGAUGUAAAGGAGAACUAGAGCGGAGUGUCAUCAGCAUACUGCUGACAACGUACUCCAAACCUCCAGAUAACCCCACCCAGUGGUUUCAUAUAGAUGUUAAACAAUAUGGGGGAUAGGAUUGAGCCCUGCGGAACCCCACAUUGAAGGUUCCAUGGAGCUGAAUGCACUCCCCAAGUAACACUCUCUGGGGACGACCAUCCAAGUAGGACUGGAACCACCGCAAAGCAGUUCCACCCACCCCUACUUCGGAGAGUCGCUUCAGAAGGAUACCAUGGUUGAUGGUAUUGAAAGCCGCUGAGAGGUCAAGAACAAUUAACAGGGACAGGUUUCCCUUGUCUCUCUCUCGACAGAGGUAAUCAUACAGGGCAACCAAAGCAGUUUCUGUGCCAAAACCGGGCCAAACCCUGUUCCAGGAAAUCAGUUUCUUAGAAAAGUGCCUGGAUCUGGUCUGCGACCGCUCACUCCAGAACCUUGUCCAGAAAAGGGGGAUAAGUUAGUUAGGUUUUCUGAAUCCAGGGAAGGUUUCUUAAGGCACGGUUUUACCACUGCCUCCUUCAGACUGGCAGGGACCACCCUCUCUCAUAAAGAGGCACUGAUCACCUCCCUGGCCCAGCCAACUGUUCCCUUCCUGCUGGUUUUCACGAGGUGAGUCCCCCCCCCCCCCGUGGAAAUAAUGACACAUGACACAAUUAUUAAGGUUAAUGGGCUAAAUAAGGCCACAACUUUUAUUGGUUACAGGUGAUGAGCGCUAUUGGCUUAGGCAUUGGUCCUAACUGACUAUAUCCAACUAUAGCCCAUCCGCUAGAAGUCCGGGAAGGGUUAACCACCAGUAGGGGGAGUCCUGCUGAUGCACAUCAACUAGGAACUCCCCCAGGGUCACCGCUAGGGGGGCAUGCCUUAGGCCCUCACCUCCUUAGGCUUCGGACAGGGCCACGCCCCCCGGAAUCCUUCACUGGACUACCCUUCAAUAUGUGGGGCAGGUGAUGGCGUAACCUCCCCUCUUCCAUCUACAGAGCAAUACCAAUGCCUAACCACCAAUACCAAGAAAGUUGUGAUGAUUUGCUAUGAGGUAGGCAAAAACCAAGUGGCUGGUGCCAAUUUGCCAAGUGGAAAAAUUCCUACCAGGCCCCUCAACGGUGACCAACCAAGGUCCAUAGCAAGGUCCAGGAACAAAAACCUUAUAGAGCAGGAGGGUGGGAAAAGCAGGAACAGCUGGUAAGCGGCAAAGAGGGAGAUCCUUGGCCACGUCCUGCUUUAAAUAAGGCAGGCCACACACCCAGAUCCAGCUGAUUGGCUGGCCAGGAGGUGACACAGCCGGGAAUCUCCCCAAUUGUGCGGGAGUUGUGUUCCAGCCACCACGCACAUGGUGGGGCCUGAAGCCUGCAACUCCACCUCCUCCGAAGGGCAGAAGUGGCUUUAUCAGCCAAGAAGGGCAGGGGUCUAGAGCGCAAGUGGUUGCCCUGACUGAUCCAAGCACCUUGUCCACAUCCUCAAGCCUUACCAGCUGACUAGACUAUGCUCUGGACGCGCCAUGAGAUUCAUCUGCUUUAACAGCAGAGUCAAGGUCUUGGCGGAUGCAAGCAAUUUUAUCCUCAAAAUGCUUUGCAAACAAGUCACAGUGAGUCACUGUACAACCUGGAAAAGCUCUGCCGGAUGACAUAAUGAAGAGUUGUUAGGGGUUGUUAGAUGCUGUUCACAAGUUCAGUAUGCUCAACAGCCAUUAUGCUCCUUAAAGAAAAAAUUCUUAGCCCCUAGCCAUCAAAAGCACCUGAGCAAGCAGCUUCAGCAAACUGCAGAUCAGUUGAUGACUGCUGUUCAUUAGCAAUCCACCAAGUGGAACAAACAAACAAGAUCAUAAUCUCUUCACGGAGGCAGACAACAUAGCAGCAUUUUCAUUGCACCAGGGAUGGGGAACAUGUAGCUUUCCAGUUGCUAAUGGGCUGCACCUUCCACCAUCCCAGACCAUUGACCAUGCUGGCCAGAGCCGAUGGGAGUUGCAGUCCAACAACUUCUUGAGGGCCACAGGUUCCUUAUUCCUAAUUUACAGAACUAUUUGUCACAGUGAUACAAAAAAAAGCAUAGCUGAGUUCUUUGGUACUCGCUUCUGGCUGAAAUAGAAACCUUCAGGACCAGUUGGUUAAAGGUAUACAGGUCGGAGCCAAACAGUACAAAUUGAGAGCAUUUGCAGAUGACUUAGUACUGACAUUACAGGAGCCAGAAUCUAGUACUAAAAGGGUUUUAGAACUGAUUCAAGAAUUUGGUCAAGUUGCAGGGUUUAAAUUGAAUAAGUUAAAAACUAAGGUUUUAGAGAAAAAUUUAACACCAAUGGAGAGAGAGAGGUUUCAGAAUGAGACAGGUUUAACAGUGGUUAAGAAAGUUAAAUACCUGGGGAUUAACAUGACAGCAAAAAAUGGGAAUUUAUUUAAAGAUAACUAUGAAAAAUGUUGGGCUGAAGUGAAAAAAGAUUUAGAAAUUUGGUCAAACUUGAAGCUUUCACUGCUGGGUCGUAUUGCUGCGGUUAAAAUGAAUGUAUUGCCUAGAAUGUUCUUUUUGUUUCAAACAUUGCAAAUUGUGGACAAAAUGGACUGUUUCAAAAGGUGGCAGAGAGAUAUUUCUAGAUUUGUCUGGCAGGGCAAGAAGCCCAGAAUAAAAUUCAAAAUAUUAACAGAUGCAAAGGAAAGAGGUGGAUUUGCCCUGCCAGACCCUAAACUUUAUUAUGAAUCAGCAGCUUUUUGAUGGUUGAAAGAAUGGCUGCUUCUUGAAAACACUGACAUUUUGGAUCUAGAAGGCUUUAACAAUGUAUUUGGAUGGCAUGCAUAUCUGUGGUAUGAUAAGGUCAAAGCACAUAAAGCAUUUAAAAACCAUAUUGUCAGGAAAGCAUUGUUUAAUGUCUGGAUAAGAUAUAAGGAUUUAUUGGAAAAUAAAACACCAAGGUGGCUGUCACCGAUGGAAGCGAAAGCUCUGAAAAAGCUCAGUAUGGAGGUCAAAUGGCCGAAAUAUUGGGAAAUUUUGGAACAAGAUGGAGAUAGAUUGAAACUGCAGAGUUUUGAAAAAUUAAAAAACAAAGUGCGAGACUGGCUUCAUUAUUAUCAGAUAAUGGAGGCAUACAAUUUGGACAAGAAAAUCGGCUUCCAGGUGGAAAAAUCAAAAUUAGAAACAGAAUUGUUAGAACCCAAAACUAAGAUUUUGUCGAAGAUGUAUAACUUGCUGUUGAAAUGGAAUACUCAGGAUGAAACGGUGAAAUCUGCUAUGAUUAAAUGGGCACAAGAUGUUGGACAUGACAUAAUGUUUGCUGACUGGGAACAGUUGUGGACCACAGGUAUGAAAUUCUCGGCAUGUAAUGCCUUAAGAGAGAAUAUUAUGAAAAUGAUAUACAGGUGGUACAUAACCCCAGUCAAGCUUGCAAAAAUCUACCAUUUGCCCGAUAACAAAUGUUGGAAAUGUAAAGAAACUGAAGGUACAUUCUUUCACCUUUGGUGGACGUGCCCAAGUAUUAAGGUUUUCUGGGAGAUGAUUACAAUGAAUUAAAAAAGGUAUUUAAAUAUACCAGAGGCCUUCCUCCUGGGCAUAGUCGGCCAAUCGGUGUUUAAAAAGGACAGAACUUUCUUUAUGUAUGCUACAACAGCAGCAAGAAUACUUAUUGCAAAGCAUUGGAAGACACAAGAUCUACCCACACUGGAGGAAUGGCAGAUGAAAAUGAUGGACUACAUGGAAUUGGCGGAAAUGACUGGCAGAAUCCGAGACCAGGGAGAAGAGUCGGUGGAAGAAGAUUGGAAUAUAUUUAAAGACUACUUACAGAAAUAUUGUAAAAUUAAUGAAUGUUAGAAUGAUGUCGGAUUGAAGUUAAGUGGUUUCUAGCUGUAAUGGUAUAAAAGAAUAUGGAAAAAUUGGUUUUUAAUACGUAAAAAUUUAAUGUUAUAAUAUAUCAAGAUUAAAGAUCAGGAUUAAAAAGGAGGGAAAGGAAUUGCUGGACUAACAAAUUGAAUUGGAAUACAAAAGAGGGUGGUAUGAGGAGGUCCGGGAAAUAAGUAAAUGUAAGAGAAGUGAUGAAAAGAUGGAAUUGUUUUUAACUGUUUUUUCUUUUUUUGUAUUUUGUAUUUUUCUUUUUUAUUGUUAAUUUUCUUAUUAAUGUAAUCUCUUUCUUUUCUUUGAAAUUUUAAUAAAUAUCAUUAAAAAAAGAAAGAAAUAGAAACCUUCAGUCCUCUGCAAACUUGCAUGGGAGUAAGGGCUGUUGAACAUGGUGGGAGUUAAGGUCGUAGUGGAUAGCUUGAUAAAGACAUCGACCUAGUAUGCAGCAGCUGUGAAACAGGCAGGAAAGGAACUGAAAAUAAAAGUGACCGUAUCUUGAUGCUGUUAUACAAUUCUAUGGUGUAAAUGUGUUUGGAAUACUGUUGGAAUACUGUUCUGGCCACCUCUCCUCCAAAAGGAUAUUGCAGAGUUGGGGGGAAACCCAGUACAGUGGUACCUCGGAUUAAGUACUUAAUUCGUUCCGGAGGUCCGUACUUAACCUGAAACUGUUCUUAACCUGAAGCACCACUUUAGCUAAUGGGGCCUCCUGCUGCUGCCACACUUUUCUGUUCUCAUCCUGAAGCAAAGUUCUUAACCUGAAGCACUAUUUCUGGGUUAGUGGAGUCUGUAACCUGAAGCGUAUGUAACCUGAAGCGUAUGUAACCCGAGGUACCACUGUAAAGGGCAGACAAAAUAAUUGAAGUGGUGGAGCAAUUCUCCUAUGAGGAAAGGUUGCAGCAUUUGAGAUUUUUUUUUAUGUUUACGGAAAAGGUGAGUAGGUGCUGGCAUGACGGAAACCAAUAAAAUUCUAAAUAGCAUGAAGAAGGUAAAGAUAAGCCCCCCCUUAUAAUAACAAUAUAACUUUUUGACAUCCAAUGAAGCUAAAUGCUCAGGACAGAUAAAUAGCAGGUAUUUCUUCACACAGCACAUAAACUGUGGAACUUGCUUCUGAAGGAGGAAGCAAUAGUCGGUCCCCAAUUGAGAUGGCCAUAAAAGAGGAUUGGACAAAUCCAUGGAGGGUAAGGCUAGCAAUAGCCCUGAGUGCUCACUGGAAGGAGCACCUGAAGCUGAGGCUCCAAUACUUUGGCCACCUCAUGAGAAGAGAAGACUCCCUGGAAACGACCCUGAUGUUGGGAAAGAUGGAGAAGGGGAUGACAGAGGAUGGAAUGGUGGGACAGUGUUCUCGAAGCUACUAGCAUGAGUUUGACCAAACUGCGGGAGGCAGUGGAAGACAGGAGGGCCUGGCGUGCUCUGGUCCAUGGGGUCACAAAGAGUCAGACACGACUAAACGACUAAACAACAACUACAAAGGCUAGCAAUAACUAUUAGCCACAAGAGCUGUGCCUUGCCUUCAUAGUUGGAGGCAGUAGUGCUUCUGAAUACCAGUGGCAGGAAGCCACAGGAGCAUAGCUGUCAACGUUUCCCUUUUUCAAAGGGAAAUUCCCUUAUUCCGAACAGGAUUCCUAGCAAGAAAAGGGAAAAGUUGACAGCUGUCCACAGGAGGGGAGAGGUCUCUUGGGCUUGAAUCCUGCUUGCAAUUGCCAGUUCCCCACAGGCAUCUGGUUGGCCACUGUGAGAACAAGACCCUGGACUAGAAGGGCCUGAUCCACAGGCUCUAACUUCUGAGUAAACAUGCAUUGGAUUGUGCUGCCAAGCAUGGAAGAGUAGCCAUAUCAGUGCUUUCCUCACUGGUUGUUUUUAAUCAACAUUUACCAACCCAGUUCCCUCAGACGUUCUGUAUUAUUUACUCUCAUCAGCUCCAGCUAGUGCAGCUGUGCUUGUUGGGGCUGAUGCAGGGUGGUUGUUACCCAAAACACCUGGAGGGAAAAUAGUUUGCUGAAGAUUGGUUUUAAUGACUUCAUUUUCAGUGUUUUUUUAUUUUAUUUAUUGGUAUAGAGGUUUUUGUCAAUUUGGUGGUACAGUUGUACCUUGGUUUUCAAAUAACUUAGUUCUUGAACGUUUUGGCUCCCGAACCCUGCAAACCCAGAAGUGAAUGUUCUGGUUUGCGAACUGUUUUUGGAAGCUGAACAUCUGACGGGGCUUCCGUGGCUUCCGAUUGGCUGCAGGAGCUUCCUGCAGCCAAUCAGAAGCCACACUUUGAUUUCCGAACGUUCUGGAAGUUGAACGGACUUCUGGAGCAUAUUUUGUUCGACUACCAAGGUCCGACUCUUGUCGGUAAAAUAUAACGGGGAUCUCAUUUAAAAAAAUAAAAAGUAUUUGGAAGGAAUAAGCUACACUGUUGCAUUGCUGAGAGAAAUUACUUUCCUCAACAACUGGCUGUGCAGCAUGCUAGAAAGGAUGUUCCUUGCUGUAUAAUUUAGACUCCUAAUGGCUAGAGGAAAUAACUUCUCCAUUGCUGCUAUUAACCUGUUGACACUGUUUUCUUCUCUGCUUCUUUUGGGUGCCCCAACAUUUCACAACAGCCUAUUUUCUGAAAUAGCACUCCAACCAUCGCCCCUCCAGAUGUUGCAGCUCCCAUCAUCAUAGGUGUCAACGCUUCCCUUUUUUAAAGGGAAAUUCCCUUAUUCUGAAUAGGAUUCCUCGCAAGAAAAGGGAAAAGUUGACAGCUAUGCCCAUUAUCCCUGAUCAUUGGUUCUGCUGGCUAAUGCUGAUGGGACUUGCAGUCCAGAAGCAUGGGGGGGGGCGGUGCCACAGGCUCCCCAUUUUUGCCAUAUAGAAAGCUGCCUUGCACUGAGUCAGGGCUGUUGGUCCAUUUAGCUAAGGAUUUGCACUGGCAGGCAGUGGUUCUCCAGGGAUGCAGCCAGGAGCCUUUUCUGCCCCUUCCUGGAGCUGCUUGGGAUAGAAUUUGGGACCCUCUGCGAACAAACGCUCCUUUUUCUUAACAGGAUUGCAGCUUGCUAGUUUGCCCCAUCCUUUUUCGUACGGCGUGUUUCAAGUGUGUGUUCUUCUUUAAUAGUCGGCAGAGUCCCUUAUUAGCCAUGGGCGGGGUGGGGGGGAGAGAAAGAGGCGGAGAGACAAACAGAUGGUAUUUAGGGCUCGAGAUGCUGUGGUUUUGUAGAGUUUGAGAGAGACAGAGACAGGAAAGGGGAGAGUUAACAAUUCUUACCCAUGUAUGGAACAAGCGCAACCUUCUUUGAAUCCUGUUAAGCAGAGCCCGUGGGCCUCAGAUCAGGAACUUUAUCUGGCUAGUAAUCUAUAGGCACGCUAGCUUUCGAGUUGGUGUGAGGGAAAGCCGGAUGCUAAGUGCUUAGUUCUGAUAGAAGGAAGCAUCGUUAUAUGCACGUGAGGAGUUAUUAAAUAUACCCUCACACUGUGUAUGAGAUACCAUGGCGGCGUUCUACAGCUGUCUGAACUUUAAAAGGUAAGUGACUUUAAUUAUUCUUCGCUUCCCACCUCCUUCUCCCAUAUAUCUUUUGCAGCGUGGAGACUUUUGCAAACACUUCUUUUUCUUCCUUUAAUCAUUGUAUGAUAUUGUAUGCAAUAACAGGGACCGCUUAUCAAUUGUUUUAGGUUGUAAGCCUGCAGGCAGAAUCUGUUGGUUUUGUUUUUUUUAAAAAGUGCUCUGUGUAAAUGUCCAGGUCUUAGGUGUUUAAGAAAGACCAUUCUUUUUUCACAUGCAAAGGAUGAAGCACCAAAUGAAUUACCUGGCUUUCCUGAAAGUGCAACUUUUGAUAUAGAAAUGGAUAAUGAUAAUUAAGGUUGCAAAUAUACCUUGGGGUAGUGUGAGAUAGUGGGAGAUGUUUCUGCGUAAAUAUGAACUGAAUCACUGCAAUCCUAUUAAGUUACCUGGAAGUAAGCCUCAUUGAAUAGAAGUGAACUUACUUCUGAGUAGACGUUUUUAACAAUGCAAAGUGGGAUUUCCAGUAUGAAAGUGUAUGCGCUUUUAUUGUUUCUACAGUGUUUUUUUAAAUGUGCAUUAUUAGUUAGAGAAGAUACUUUCAGGUAUGCAAAGUUGUUUGUGAAGUUGAAAGCAGGAAAAUAUGUCAGUGUGUCAAGUUCUUGGAAACUAGUUGGAUUUAAAACACUAAAUGGAAUUGAAGAUGAGAGUGUUCCACUUGCAGAAAAAAAUGAAGGUUUUUUUAAAAUUUAAAAAUGAGUGUGAUAUUAUAAAGCAACAUCUUUGCAGUUUUAAAAUAAAUAGGUUUUUAUUUGUUUUGAUUAAUUGCUCUGUGGCUGGAAUCCAUGCAGCAAAUUGCAAAAGGGAAGAAGAAUGGAACAAAGCAGGGUUAUGUCUGUGUUCUUCUUCUUCUUUUUUAUUAAGUUAUGGUCCAUUAAUUUUAAUAUGUACUUGUCAAUCACUGAAAUUAGUCAUUUAAAAAUGUGUACUACUUCCAGUGUAGUAUCAGAAGAGGUGUACAAGCUUCUGGGAAUUGCAAGUUUGGAGAGUGCUGUUGCAUCCAUGUCUGGCCUGAGGAUUUCCCAUGGACAUCUAUGAGAAUAGGAUACAUGGAGUUUUGGUGUGACCCAGCAGGAGUCGCUUUAUGUUCUACAGAAAGCAGCUUUGCCAGUCCUAUACAUGGUGCAUUGAUGAGCAGAGGGCCUGCAAAGUGCCUUUUGCUGUGGUGCCCAAAUGUCCAACUCCAGUUGGCUGUUGGGUACAUGGGAAGCACUGUGGAACGGAGUUUGAUGGACAGGUGGUUGGCCUGCACAGCUGUGAGAGGUUAGCAAACCUUCACUCCUUUCAAACCAUGGGUUAUGAAGCUGGCUUUUUUCAGCAAACCAUAGUUAAGGUUAGUUGCGCCAUUGGGGUGGCAGAGACCCCCCAAAAAUUUCAAGGAGGGGCCCGGGCCCCCUCAAAAUUCCCUGACGGUCAUGUGCACAUGCCACAGGGUGUCACACGUGCAAGCUGUGGGGUGUGCACACAACACAUCAGCAAACCCUGUGGCGCAUGCAAGUGACUUGCCCCACAGUGUGUGCAUGUGGUGCGAGCAUGCCGUGGGACACACUUAUGUCAUGUGCGCAUGCCCCUCAGUGUGCACACACAAUAUGCUGACGUCACAUGGCCCCAGCCACCUCAAUCACAGGGGCAAGGCAGUGUGCAUGCUUAAGGUGAACUACAGUUUGUCAAGUCUGUAUGCAACACUAAAUUGCAGCUGAUCAGAAAUGGUAAUGGAAGCUUCUGAUGUCUUCCUUUUCAGGUGUGCUAAAGGAGGAUAAUGAAAGAAGGGGACAUGCAAGGCUCACAUAGACACCUUCUGGUCACUCCUAACCAGUGGUGGCAAACCUAUGGCAUGUGUGCCAGAGAGGGCACUCAGAGCCCUCUCUGUGGGCACACGCGCUGUUGCCCCAGGGCAGUAGCUUCCCAGCCGGGGGUGGGGGAAGAGGAGAGGAGGGCUCUUGCGUGCUGUCCAAAGCCUGGGGCACCAGGGUCUGGCAAGUGAGCGAGGGGCUGAGCAGGCAUUGACUUUUAAUGCGCCAGGGCCUCCCACCAGUCUGUUUUUCCUACUUGGGAGUAGAGAUGGGAAGGCCUGGAAGAAAAAAAACAAGCAGGAAAAUUUGGGGGAGGAGAGAAACCAGGGUUUUGUGCCUGGUCCCCCCCAAUUUCCCCGGUUUCUUUCCAGGUCUUCCAGCACCCCCACUUUGGAGCUGCCUGCCGAUUGACACCAGGCAGGUGCUCUCACUGUACCUUUUUUUUUUAAAUGAUAUUUAUUAAAAUUUCAAAAAAAGAGAUCACAUUAAUAAGAAAAUUAACAAUAAAAAGAAAAAUACAAAAUACAAAGUACAAAAAAGAAAAAACAGUUAAAAACAAUUCCAUCUUUUCAUCACUUCUUUUACGUUUACUUGUUUCCCGGACCUCCUCAUACCUCCCUCUUUUGUAUUCCAAUUCAGUUUGUUAGUCCAGCAAUUCCUUUCCCUCCUUUUUAAUCCUGAUCUUUAAUCUUAAUGUAUUAUGACAUUAAAUUUUUACCUAUUAAAAACCAAUUUUUCCAAUUCUUUUAACCAUUACUGCUAGAAACCGCUUAACUUCAAUCCGUCAUCAUUCUAACAUUCAUUAAUUUUACAAUAUUUCUGUAAGUAGUCUUUAAAUUUCUUCCAAUCUUCUUUCACCGACUCUUCUCCCUGGUCACGGAUUCUACCAGUCAUUUCCGCCAGUUCCAUAUAGUCCAUCAUUUUCAUCUGCCAUUCCUCCAGUGUGGGUAGAUCUUGUGUCUUCCUCACUGUACCUUUUCUGGCAACUGCUCAAAACAUUUUGGUUAGGGCCAGCCUACCUGGACACGUAGAAGCUGCAUGCGAUUUACGGUACUUCCUUUUAACCACUGCUGACUUUAAUCAUCUUUUGAAUACUCUUAAAUACCUGCUUUUAACUGUUUUAUCAAUCAUUUUAAUAUUCUGUUGUAUAUUUCUGUAAACUGUUUAGAAAGCUCUCUUACCAUCAUGCGAUGUAUAAUAUAUAAUAACAAAUUCAAUUAAAAAAAAACAAAACACACACACACACACACACACACACACACACACACACUCUCUCACUCCUUUUCCAUUCAAACAGAGUUUGAGCCUUAGUGCAACAUACUAUUCAGUAACUGGAUGUUGGUUACUUCUGGGCCUGGCAUGCAGAAAAUUUGCCUUAUGCUUUGCCCCGACUGUCCUCAAGUAGAGAUGGAAAGGCCUGGGGGGGAAAUUGGUAAAAUUGGGGGGGGGCAGGUAUCCAUCCCACCCCACCCACGUUUUCCCCCAAAGCAGUUUUUUAAAACUCCAUGAGAAAAAUAAGAAAGAGGAAGAGCAUGAAGAAAUGGAAAAUGAUAGCAUUACAGUGGUACCUCGGGUUACAUAUGCUUCAGGUUACAAACUCUGCAAACCCAGAAAUAGUACCUCGGGUUAAGAACUUUGCUUCAGGAUGAGAACAGAAAUCGUGCUCCGGCAGCGCGGCAGCAGCAGGAGGCCCCAUUAGCUAAAGUGGUGCUUCUGGUUAAGAACAGUUUCAGGUUAAGAACGGACCUCUGGAACGAAUUUAGUAUUUAACCCGAGGUACCACUGUAGUUCAGAAAAUGAGAUAGAAUGAACCGCAUGUAUAUGUUGUGUCUUCUGGUUUUGUUUUUUUAAAAAGCACUGCUCAAAGGGUAGACUUUCUAUGGAGCUUAAAUAUUGAGGCGGACCUUAACUUUAUGUGCUGUUGGUGCUAAGGGGCAAAUCUGAUUAUUUUUUAUGUUUAUGGUUUCUUGCUUUUUUUGUUGCUUUUGAGGGAAAGGAGGUGGCUACCCGUUUUAUUGCAAGCAUAAUACUUUUAUCUACACUCUGUUUCACGCAAUUUGUAAAACUACUCCACCCUGAACGUUUUUUUCAAUUUUUCCAAUUUUUCCAUUUCCCCCCGGGGAAAAACAGGGCAAAAACCUUUUUUCCCCCUCAUGGCUUCAAAAUUUCCAUAAAUUUUACAUCUUUACUUGGGAGUAAGCCACCCUGAGUUCAGCAGGGCUUAACUCCCAAGUCAGUAAGCAUAUAAACACGGCAACCUAAGACGGGUCUGCUGGGUUUACAAGUUCGCUGUGCUUUCCUGCGGAAGCCAACAGAGAAAUCCAUUCCGUGGAGGCUGCGAUCAAACGACAGCCAAAGAAAUGGCAAAAUAUAAUAAUAAUAAUAUAUAUUAUUUAUACCCCGCACAUCUGUCUGGGUUUAUUUUUUUAAAAAAAUAUUUAUUUGUAUGUGCGCACGCAGAUAAUCAUUACUAUCUCAUAUUAAAAAUUGGGAGAUGGUGGCUCUUAGUACAGCCCUCCAGUGUACAAUAGUGGCCAAAAUUGUGGAACCUUCUGGAAAAAAUGUAUUUCCGAGGUUUGAUGGUUCAUAACACCACUUUGUUUUGGAGUAAUACCAGUGCUUUUUUUUCUGUGGGGACGCAGGGGGAUGCAUACUCCCAAACAUUUUGUGAAUUUAAUGGGCGAAGAAAUUCACUGUAUUUAUUUCCCCCAAUUUGAACUGUAUUUAUUUUCCCCCGGUGGCAAUUUUCUUGAGUCAAAAUGACAGUACCCCUUUUAUUUUUUUUAGAAAAAAAGCACUGAAUUAUACUAUAAAAUUAUAUAUCAAUGGAAAGAUAAUUUAAUGAAGAAUGUAAUGCAAUAACUUUUAGGAAGCAUUUUUUAAUACAGCAGCAGUCAUAAAGAAGAAACGUGAAACGCACAGAAAAAAUGAGAGACACAGGUUAAAUUGCCGUGUUGGCACUUUGCGAUAAGUGGGUUUUGGGUUGCAGUUUGGGCACUUGGUCUCUAAAAGGUUCGCCAUCACUGCUCUAAACCAUGGCAAUAAAUAUGGUUGAUUAUGGCAUCUGAAUGCAGCCCAUCUCUUGGUUGUGACCUGGGAAACCUAGUUGUAAUUAGGAAUGGGUGAAUCUGCCAAUUUCAGUUUCCCAUACUUUAUCAUUUUCCCCAUAUUAAAUUCAGUUUGUCGCAUUUCCACUUCAGUAGUCCUCAUGAAAAUUUGUCAGUGUUUUCACGAGCAUUGCUUUUAAUAUAUACGUUUUUGUAUGCAGUUUUCCCUAAUGUAACACAUCUUUGCAAAGCAAUUUCCCCUAACAUAAAUGCAUUUGUGUGUGCGUUAUCAUUAAUAUAUGCUUUUGUAUGCACACUUUCCCUAAUAUACACAUUAUUGCACAAAUUGGGUUUUUGUUUGUUUGUUGUUUGUUGGAAAACUACAUCACAAAAUUCAGAGAAAUCAAAAAUUUAAAGGAUAGUUGUGUUGUAAAUAACUAUACAACUUUUGGAAGACCCCUGAAGACAGCCCUGUACAGGGAGGUUUUUUAUGUUUGAUGUUUUAUUGGGCUUUUAUAUUUGUUGGAAGCUGCCCAGAGUGGCCGGGGCAAGCCAGUCAGAUGGGUGGGGUACAAAUAAGAAAAUUAUUUUAAUAAUAAUAAUAAUAAUAAUAAUAAUAAUAAUAAUAAUAAAAUAAAAAUAAAAAUUUGGUUUGUGUAUUGUUUUGGUAAGUGUGAAUCUGAUUCACAUUAAAUUGCAAUCCAAACUGAAUAUCUGCGCCCCUCCCACAUCCCUAGGUGUGGUCGCUGGUCUGUGAGAUCUCAAUCAGAAUGCCGAAAUAGGUAAGAUGAAACUUUUAAUUUGACCACUCUGGUGUUGUAGUGUGUGUGUGCAUGGACACACAGUCUCUCACACUCUUUAGGGUUGUAUUGUACUCAUUUCACAGAACAUCUUCCUUCUGCAUGGCAAGGGGUGCUGUAUAACUCUGAACUUUGCCUAUGCCAACAAAAAACUCUGCUGUACUUAUUUCUUUCUCUCUCUCUUUUCUUUCCCCAUAUCGUCUGCCUUUCUGGAGCUCAGAGUGCAAAUUAAAUCCGUGUUGUUUGCAAAAGUAGUGUAAUUUUGAUUGUCAAGGUUUGCUGUUUCUUAGAGAAGUAGGUUAUCAAUGACUGCUAACCCCGAGGACUAUGUUCUGCCUCCAGUGGCAGAGACUAGAGUACAGUACCAAGUUCUGAAAACCAUGGUGAGGGGAGAGUUCUAUUGCACUCACGUCCUGCUUGUGUGCUUUCCAUAGACUUCUUGCUGACCACUGUUAAAAUAGGAUAUUUGGCAAGUUGGUUCUAGAACCACAGAUUCUUCUUUUUUUGGGGGGGGGGGUGUUCUUCCACCCAAAAACGAUCUUUAUUGAAACUUAACUUAUAUACAUAAUAGCCAAAAUUCCCAAUGAUUCCCUCACAUAAAAUAUAAUAUCUAAAUUACAACAGCUGCAUAAUUAUGCACUUAAUUAUAAAAUGCAGCACUCACCCUCUACUUCCCUCCACAGCAAUUCAACUUCUUUAUAUUUCUUUCUACCUUUCCCCCCUUGCAUUCUGUAAUAAAUUAUUUUUGUUAAAUUCCGAUUUUUCCUUUUCUUUAUUGGUUUUGUUAUUGCUUACAUUUUUUUAUUCUAAGCCUAUUAGCAUGUCAUUUUUAGAACAAUAUUUUGACAAUAUUUUGAACAAUCGCUAUUUAGCACCAUUUACAUUACAAAACAAUAGGAAAUUGUUAUCGAAAAUUUACACUCUGUUAUUGGACUAUGAUUUGAUGGAUGAAGAGGUAAAAGAAACAAGGGUCAAAUGGGCACAAGAUAUCGACCACGCUUUAUAUUUAGAACAGUGGGAGAAACUCUGGCGUGAGGAUAUUCGCUUUACCGCCUGCUAUAUGAUAAAGAAAAUUUUGUUAAAAUGUUUUACAGGUGGUAUUUGACACCAGUUAAACUCGCCAAAAUUUAUAAAUUAAAAUCCAACGUUUGUUGGAAAUGUAACAAAGAACCUGGACUAAUAAUUCAUAUGUGUUGGGGUUGCAAGGAAAUAAAGAAGUUUUGGGGAAUAAUCCAGGAGGAACUUAAGAAAAUGCUAAAAAAAAACCUUGAUAAAAAAUCACGAAGCUUAUCUGUUAGGGUUGGUUGGCAAAGACAUAGUACAUAUGAAAAAAAUUUUUUUUUAAUAUGCAAGAACAGCUGCCAGGGUAGUGAUUGCCACAAAAUGGAAAUCCCAGGACACGCCAACAAAGGAAGAGUGGAUUUGUAAAUUAAGUGAGUAUAGAGAAUGGGCAAAAUUAACUUCAAUUAUAAGAUAUCAAUCAAAUCAAAAGUUAAGAAUGGAGUGGAAGUAUUUCGAAGAUUUUAUGUCAAAAUAUAGAACCACAGCUUCUUAUUAUAUUCUAGCAUGUCAGAAGCUACACAAAAUAUUUGGCAUGCAAACCUUUGGGCAGACUUGAGAUUGGACACCCCUAAAAAUGUGCCGUAAAUUAUAUUUAGUUCUCCUCUCCUGUGCCUCAAUCCUUUCACCCUUAUCUCAAACCGGCAGCGCCGUCCUAUUGCUAGUGCAAAGUGAGAACAUAAGAAGACCUUCAUAGACCGCAGUAUGGUCAGGGAAAUCCAGUCACAUAAUUUUUGUUGCAUCAGUUAUCAAAUAUGGAGGUGAUCAUUAUUAUAUUGGAGUUUAUGGAUUGGGAACCUCAAGGCUAGAUUGCUGCAAUGCACUGUAUAUGUAGGGCUGCCCUUGGGCCUCAUUCGGGAGGUCCAGCUGGUGCACAAUGUGGUGAUCAGACUAUUGAUACUUACUUUAUUUAUUUCUUUACACCAUUUCUAGAACACAGACACUCUCUCUGUGCAAUGUGCAGAAAACUUUAGGCAAGAACAGACCACUUAAGCGACAAAUAUUACACAAAUACAGAGCUAACUUAUAAGAAUAUUACAUUAAUAUGGUACAAAACAUAAACAGAUAUCCUGCAGCAGAAGGAAGGAAGGAGGGAGAGAAGGCAGCUGGCUGGAAGAGGCAGCGUGGGGAGAGGCAAUGGAACUCAAAUAUAUGCUUUAUUAACAAUAGUGCAGUAACUCCCCCUUACAUCUCAGACCAGCCAGUACAGAGAAAUUAUCUUAGUGCUCUAGAUAGUAUACCCUGUGGGUGUGAGCUUAAUCUGUUUUCCGUCUGUUUUGAUGCCAUGUGCACAACUGCAUGCAAGGCUUAACAUCUGCACAUGUACUCGUUCUAGAAGACAACACUUUAUGCUUGGUAAUUGUUUCAAAACAUUUCAGUAAAGUUUGUAAUAAUAAUAAUAAUAAAAAUAAGAAGAAGAAGAACUGGUUAACAUCAGGCCACCUAUCUACCUUGUAAAAAGCAGCUGCCCGUGAGAGGCUUUUGUCGGUGGGAGUUUAUUUUCUUUUUCUUUUUCAUGUUCAAAGACAUUUAUUGAAACUUAACAUAUAUACAUAAUAACCAAAAUUCCCAAUGAUUCCCUCAUAUAAAAUAUAAUAUCUAAAUUACAACAGCUACUUAAUUAUACAGUUAAUUAUAAAAGCCACCACCCACCCUCUAUUUCCCUCCACAGCAAUUCGACUUCUUUAUAUUUCUUUCUACCUUUUUUCUUUGCAUUCUAUAAUAAAUUAUUUUUGUUAAAUUCUGAUUUUUCCUUCUUUCUUUAUUGGUUUUGUUAUUGCUUUUUUUUUAUUCUAAGCCUAUUAGCAUGUCAUUUUUAGAACAAUAUUUUGACAUAUAAUCUUCAAAAUACUUCUACUCCAUUCUUAACUUUUGAUUUGAUUGGUAUCUUAUAACUGAAGUUAAUUUUUGCCAAUUCUAUAUACGGUACUCACUUAAUUUGCAAAUCUACUCUUCUUUUGUUAUUGUGUCCUGAGAUUUCCAUUUAGUGGCAAUCACUACCCUGGCAGCUUCUUCUUGCAUAUAAAAAAAUCGUUUUUUUUCAUAUGUGGUAUUUCUUUGCCCACCAACCUUAACAGAUAAGCUUCAGGAUUUUUUAGCAAGGUUUUUUUUUUAGCAUUUUCUUAAGUUCCUCAUGUAUUAUUCCCCAAAACUUCUUUAUUUCCUUGAAACCCCAAAACAUACGAAUUAUCGUUCCAGGUUCUUUGUUACAUUUCCAAAAAAGGUUGGAGUUUAUUUUCAAUAGGGUCGGGAUGGCAUGGGGAUGAGGGACCAACUCCCUUCUCUUGCAGGGGCCCAAUUAGUGCCAUUGCCUUCCGUUAAGAGUUUGGGUGUAAUCCUUGACGCCUCCCUUUCCAUGGAGGCGUAGGUUACAGCAACAGCCAAGGCGACAUUUUUCCACCUUCGCAGUUGGUCCCUUAUUUUUCCCGCCCCGCCCUGGCCACAGUGAUCCAUGCGACGGUCAUCUCCAGGCUUGACUACUGUAAUUCUCUCUAUGCGGGGCUGCCCUUGAAGCUGUCCCAGAAACUCCAGCGGGUGCAGAAUGCUGCAGCGAGGCUCCUCACAGGGUCUCUGCCAUGGGAGCAUAUUCACCCAGUGCUUUUCCACCUGCACCGACUCCCGGUGGAUUAUAGGGUCAGAUUUAAGGUUUAAAGCCCUUCACGGCCUAGGACCAUCGUACCUACGGGACCACCUCUCCCGGCAUGCCCCAUGGAGUGCCUCAAGGUCCAUAAAUAGCAACACCCUAGAGGUCCCGGGCCCAAAGGAAGUUAGAUUAGCUUCAACCAGAGCCAGGGCCUUUUCAGCACUUGCUCCGGCCUGGUGGAGACCAGGGCCCUGCAGGAUCUGAUUUCUUUCCGCAGGGCCUGUAAGACAGAGUUGUUCCGCCUGGCCUUUGGCUUGGAGCCAAUUUGAUUCCCUCCCUCUUUCUUUUUUCUUUUCCUUUCUCCUCCUGCCAUGAGGCUACAUUUUAAUAUUUUAAUGUUUCAAUAUUUUAAUUGUUGUAUUUUAAUCUUGUUUUUAAGUUGUAUUCAUUCAACUUGGUUUUAUUAUUGCUUGUUAGCUGUCCUGAGCCCGGCCUUGGCUGGAGAGGGCGGGGUAUAAAUUAUUAUUAUUAUUAUUAUUAUUAUUAUUAUUAUUAUUAUUAAUAGGGCUAGACCCUACUGAGCCCACAGACCGUUAGUUUGAUUAGCUGCAGCUGUUCAGGACUCUCCCCAAAUCAGCCCACCUGAAAAGGAGUUGCCUCUUUGGGCCACCCACUUUAUUGUUUCAUUGGGCAUGGUUUUGUGUGUGGCGUCCCUUUCUCUGGAAGGUUUAUGUUUUCCUCUAGACCAGGGUUUCCCAAACUUAGGUCUCCUGCUGUUUUUGUACUACAGUUCUCAUCAUCCAUGGCUACUGGACCUGCUAGCUAGGACUGAUGGGAGUUGUAGUCGCAAAACAGCUGGAGACCCAAAUUUGGGAAACACAGCUGUAGGUCAUUUCUUGGGUGAGAGGCUGGAUGUGGUCUGGACUAGUGGAAGUGGUUUCAUAUUCCUGGAGUGCACAGAACUGUGGCCCUUCCCAGGUGUGAGGCAGAAGGGAAUGUGGAGUUUUUUUGUACCAGGUGAGAGCUGGAGUGUGAGUCACAUCCAUUUCUUAUUUUUGUAAAUUUCUCCUUGUGGAUGUUCCCCUGACACAGUCCUCUGCUGCUUGUCUGGGUUCCUAAGGUAGGUCAUGGAUGUUGUGUGUCUGGGUCAGGGGGGUGGAUGGGAGCUGGACUGCCAACCUUGUGGUGACAGGUAGGUGGGCAUUCUCUGUGGUGGCCCCUAAGUUGUGGAACUUCCUCCACAUCUGACACCUUCAUUAUACAGCUUCUGCAGGAUGCUGAAGACAAAUCUCUGUAUCCUAGCUUUUGAUACUUGAGGUGUACAUUCUUAGGACCCACCUUAUUUUUAUGAUUGUAUGUUGUUUUAAGCUACUUUUUUGAAUGAUGUGUUUUAAUUUUGUAACCUGCCCUGGGACUUUGGGUGCGAAAGGUGGAUAAUAAAUAAAUAAGUAUAAUCCCAGUUCAGUCACUGAGAUCAAUGGCAAGAGUGUUGUUGGUCAUUCCCCAAGCUGGUGAGGCUCAUUUGACAAGAACAAGAAACUGAUCCUUUAGUGUCAUGGGCCCAUUAUUGUCAAAUCUCUCUGCCAAUAGAGAUUCAUUGGGCGCCUUCUGUGCCAGAUUUCAAACGCAGCUGAAAACUUUUCUAUUCAGUCAGGCUUAUGCUGGCAAUUAAGAAUAGGUCUCUCUGUAACAGCUGAUAUCUGGUUCUAACUUUUUAAUACAGUUUUAAUUCUAUGGCACUGUAUUUUAUUUUAUUUUAAAAAAAUCAGUAGUGAUAUCAAAACAUUUAAAGUAAAUAAGUAAGUAAAUACAGUAUUACUGUCCUGUGUUAUCCUGCAGAACAUAGUACUUUUUUUCCAGACAAGAAAGGCAGGCAACACAUUCGUACCUUGGUUCCCAAACGCUGAAAACCCGGAAAUGUUCGGUAUUCAAAUGUUUUUUUGGAAGCCAAACAUCUGAUACGGUUGUCUGCUCUUUGGAGUGGUGUGUGGGGGGGGGGCCGCCUGCACCAAUCAGAAGCUGUGCCUUGGUUUUCGAACAUUUCAGAAGUCAAACAGUCUUCCGGAAUGGAAUAAGUUUGAUGCUUUUGUUUUUGCUAUUUAUUUUGCAUUUUUGUUUUUGAGACUUUUUCUGUUAAUUUUUAUCAUCUACAAUACUGUCUUAUUUAUUUUAUAGUACAGUAUAUUGAUUAUUGCUUUUAUUUUAUGGAUCAGUGGUCUCGUUAGAUAGUAAAAUUCAUGUUAAAUUGCUGUUUUAGGGGUUGUUUUUAAAAGUCUGGAAUGGAUUAAUCUGUUUUGCAUUACUUUCCAUGGGAAAGGGUGCCUUGGUUUUGGAAUGCUUUGUUUUUGAAAUGGACUACCAGAAUGGAUGGGACGCGGGUGGCACUGUGGGUUAAACCACAGAGCCUAGGACUUGCUGAUCAGAAGGUCGGCGGUUCGAAUCCCCGUGAUGGGGUGAGCUCCUGUUGCUCGGUCCCGGCUCCUGCCAACCUAGCAGUUCAAAAGCACGUCAAAGUGCAAGCAGAUAAAUAGGUACCGCUCCGGCGGGAAGGUAAACGGCGUUUCCAUGCGCCGCUCUGGUUUGCCAGAAGUGGCGUAGUCAUGCUGGCCACAUGACCUGGAAGCUGUACGCCGGCUCCCUCGGCCAAUAAAGCGAGAUGAGCGCCGCAACCCCAGUGUUAUGUACUGAAGUUCUCACCCUGGGCCAGCAGGGGGAUACUGUAGAUAGUUAUGCAAAUGAAGGAUCGAAAAGUGACGUUCAGUGAUUGGAUAGUUUUGUAUGCAAAUGAAGGAUCGAAAAGUGACGUUCAGUGAUUGGAUAGUUUUGUAUGCAAAUGAAGGAUCGAAAAGUGACGUUCAGUGAUUGGAUAGUUUUGUAUGCAAAUGAAGGAUCGAAAAGUGACGUUCAGUGAUUGGAUAGUUUUGUAUGCAAAUGAAGGAUCGAAAAGUGACGUUCAGUGAUUGGAUAGUUUUGUAUGCAAAUGAAGGAUCGAAAAGUGACGUUCAGUGAUUGGAUAGUUUUAGAAAAUGGCAACAGUUGCAUUGUUCUGGAGUUCUAUAUAAGCAGGCUGACUGAGCUCCUCAGUCUAAGUUCUGUUCUGGCAUCUGAAUAAAGAAGAGCUGUUUAAAGAAUCUCUGUGUCUUCGGACAUGUUCGCCCACAACUUAACACCCAGAGUCGUCCGCGACUGAACCUAAUGGUCAGGGGUCCCUUUACCUUUACCUUACCAGAACGGAUUAAGUUUGAGAACCAAGGUACCACUGUACUGUCUUUGGAUGGUCUAAGCAAACACGAGGGAAAGGAGGUGUGGCCCAUUGGCUUGAUGUAGAAGCUCUCCUGUUCAAUUCCUGACAUCCCCAGUUACCUGGUUUGGGUAGCAGAUCUCAGGAAAGCCUUCACUUGGCGAGCCACUACCAGUCAGAGUAGAUCACACUGGGCUACUGUUGUGGACCAGUGGUUAUAGCUCAGUAUGGCCUUCCUCAACCUGGGGCUUUCCAGAUGUCGCUGAAUGACAACUCUCAUUGUUCCUGACCAUUGGCUGUGGCAGAUGGGUAUUGAGGUAAAAAAAAAUGUGGUGAUUACCAGGUUGAGGAAAGUUGGCUUGAGGUAUCUUCCUAUGCAUCCUCCCAGGGGUAAGGAGUGGCUAUUAAAAGCAGCGCAUAAGCAGGCACUAAAUGCCUCCCUCUCCCAUGAAUAUGUGUGCAGCUUACUUUGCAACUGGAUUCCCGCCCCCCCAACCCCUGGUAAGUUGACUGAAGAGAGCUUGUUGGCAAUGCAAGAAGUGAAACCACAAUGCCUGCCUUUCAUUUACAAUCUAGAGGCUCAAGGAUGGGGAGCUGGGGGUUUUUUUCCCCAGGGGUGGGGGAAAUUAGUUUUUGUUUUGGCUUGGAGAUUAAAUGUUUAUGGCAAGUGUCCCUCCAGGAAUGCGUGCCAAAAGUGUACCCUUCCAUAUUGGAAUUCCCUGACCAUGAAACAUCUGCAUUGAAUACACUUGGAAUCAAGUCUGCCAGCAAGCAAUGGAAGGGGAAUUCAAUUUUGUCUAAACUGCCUCCUGUUCCCCAUUGGAGCUGGUUGUUUUUUGUUUUUUUUUAACCUACCAAUUGAAGCAUAAUUGACUCUUUUUCUUAGAACCUCAGAGUCUUUCCUGGUAUUUUGAAAAGAAAAGAAAAAACACCAAGCAUUUUUAGACUUAAGCUCUGACCUAACACCAGAAAUACAAUACCAUAACUUCCUUGUAAUGGGUAGAGGUGGGAGAGAAAAUCUGUUGGGAGAGGGGGCAGAACUGUGCUGAUUUUCAGUUUCUUUUCUUUUUUUUAAAGAAAGAAACUCCAAUGUGGUUUUUGUACAGGGGAGCAAUGGGUGGGUGGAGUGUCUCAGGUAAGUUCCUGAACCAACAGGGCAAUAAAGCCCCAGGAACAUAGAUAAUUACCUUAUACAGAGUCAGAGCACUGGUCCCUCUACCUGAGUAUUGUCUGUACUGACUAGCUGCGGCUCUCUAGGAUUUUGGGUGGGUGGGGGGGUCUUUCCCAGCCCAACCUGGAGAUACUGGGGAUUGAACCAGGAAUCUCCUGCAUGUAAAAGCAGAAACUGUACCAUAGACUUAGGAUCCUUCCCCAGCUGUGGUGCAUUAAAAAAAAAAUCUUGGGUGGUGGAACUGGAUGUUUGGUGCAUGGGACCCACUUCUCAACGAAGAAUCAAGAAGAACCUCAAAAUACUGUUUUAAAAAAGGAGUAUUUUAUGAAGUAGCAAAAUCUCCUCUUAAAAUAGUGUAGCACUUCUUCAGGGAGAAGAACAGGAACAGCGAAAUCAAAAAUAAAUAGAGGCUGUUAUAGACAUAUCCACUGGUUAUAAUUGAAGGACCCAUCCUUUAAAAAACAAGCACAUCUUAAUACAACCCUAGUUCGGAGGGUGGAUGUGCCACAGCAGGGAAGGUAUAAGGCAAUGGGCCUUCUUUCUCCUCCCUGCCCAGAUACUGGAUUCCUUCUGGAGACAGAACAGGUUUCUUCUGACUGGGAGAUGCCCCUGUGCAUGUGGAAUAGCUAGUGGAGAUGCUCCUUCAUCCCCAGCCACAUUGAGCAUUCUGGAUUACCCACGGUGCCCAGAUUGUGUGAACUCACCAGAAUUUCAGAGUGACCAAGUGACAGGAGCCAACUGCGUCUCUUUAGGAUGUGUAUUCGUUUAUGACAUUUGGCUUGCCGUGAAUGCCUGUGUCAGGUGAUUUCUAUUACAGAGGCGGUGCCGUAUAGGUGGGGAGAAAUCGAGGCAGCAUGAAAUUCAAGAUCUGUGGCUCAAAGAGGCGUUUGUUCCCUUGGCUUGACUGCUACGUACCAAACCAUUUAUUUUCGUUUCUUUCACCAAAGAGACUUGCCAUGUCUUUCAUUCCCUUUGGCUUCCCCAGCUAAGCCUGUGUAAUUGUAUGAAAAGCAUUUCCUCCUGUUACGUUUUUUUAAAGGGGGAAACCCACGAAACCAGCUGUUUUCUAUUAGAUUUUGUUUUACUUGCGCAUGAACACACACACAAAACUCUCUCCAGCAAUAAAAGGCACUGCAGUAAAGCCUGUUCAAUGUGGAUGGCGGGAAAAUCACACACACUUCUCCAUACAGAUGUACUUACUACUAUUCCUCCUCCUCCUCCUCCUCCUCCUCCUCCUAAUACAUUAAUGUGUAAUUGUAUUUAAUCAAAUUCCUUUUUAUAUGAAUUGUAUGGGCCUUUGUGGUGCACCCAGAGAGCUCAUUUUAGUGUGAUGUCCAUUGAUAUUUGCAAAAAAGCCAACAUGACCUUUUAAUGAUCCUAACAGAAUGCUUUCAUUAAUAUUGAAUGUCACUUGGCUGCUAAACUUGACUUUCUUAAUGCUAUUAUUAUCUUAUUAUAUUUGUGAUGCUUAAGAGAGAGCUUGGCAUCUUAGACCUACCUCAGCUCUGAAUGUGACCUAUAGCUUGGAAUGUGUGUAUUCUUUAGUUACAUGAGAACGUGGGGCAGGGGAGCAGGACACUGGGGAAGCUGUGUGCCACCAGAUGUUUUGGACUACAACUCCCAUCAGUCCCAGGUAAAAUGGCCAAUGGCCACGGUUGAUGGGGCUUGGAGUCCAGCAAUAUCUGGGGGGACAGAAUCUCUGACUCCUGUCUAGGAUGUCAGAAUAAGUGCAGAAUUGAACUUCUUCAGCUGUCCUCUUUACAUACAUAAAAGUUUUCAAGCAACUUUCUGGCCCUUUGAUUGUAAAUAUAUGCUUGAAAGUGUAUACAUGGUUUGCAACCUGUAAUUGAUUAAUUGGUUAUAUUAAUUGAUUCUAAAACCUUCUUUUAACUGAUUAAAAGAUUAACUGGAUUAUCAGUCAGCACAUUUCAAAAAAGUUCAUUAUUUUUAAUACAAUACUUAUAUAAAGGGUUGUAUCAAGUGUUUGUCCUCCUUAUUGUAGACCUAUUGACGGGCACGACUUAGGCCCAUUAAUUUCAAGUAAAACUUAGUUGGCUGCAACUCAAAAACUGUAACUGCUAGGUACCAUCUUAAAAGAAGGCACACCCUCCCCCCCUUUACUUCCUUACAUGAGCAUGCCCACAACAUUUAAAGAUUCUCCAUUCCUGGAAUGAAAUUAGGAUCCACAAGCACACUUGGUAGCUCGCCAGUGAUACCAGGCAGAAUUCAGGAGAAUGUGGAAAAGGCAGGGGCUGCCCAGGAUGCAGUACUGAACCUUGUUAUCAGGGCUGAAGCCUGUCUGGACCUCUGCCGUCAACUGCAUAGAAAUGCAAGAGAGGAAGCAGAUGGUGGGUUGCGGAGGAGAAUGUUUUGCAAGCUAAGCAAGUAUGCAACCCUUCUGACUUCUCUGGUAUGUGGGCAUGAUGGAAGGGCAGUCCGGUGGUUGCACUGCAGAACUGGGAUUUUUGCAGCUCUGAACUGAGGGACCCUAUAAUAAAGCACAUCAGUUUAGAAAGAUAGUUACAUGAGGGAGCUCUGUGGCUUUAUCUAUCUUUGCAUUCCCCCGCGCCAUUGGAUCAGAUCUGCCCCCAGUUUCCACUGCUAUCAUCUGGUGGGACUUGAGCCUAGUCCUUUAAUGAACCCAGUAGUUAGGUUAGCCAGAAACCUCUCCACUUUGAAGAAGAAGAAUUGUUUAUUAUACAGUCACAGACCAAUAAAUUUUUGUGCAGAAACAGAAUAUGUGUCACAACAAUGGGAAAACAAAUACUUCUAAAUAUGCAGCCAAAUCAGAUGUGGACAGCAAGGAUAAGUUCCUAUUUUAGUCCCUGCUCUGAGGGGGGUUAGACACAGUCCUGUUUCUUUUAAAUUUAUUUCUAAAUGACCUGGCUGCUUAUCUGCAUAUUGUUGAUUCUCAUGCUCUGUCUUCACAUCUGCUGUUUUCUGCUGUUGCUGCUGUAUUUCCAUUUAUUGAGUGAUAGCUCAUAUUCUCCGUUAUGUAGAUCCUUUAACCCCUUGGCACAGAGGUGGGGUUUUUUUAAGUCUAAAAAAAAGCUGUAGAGUCUGAUCUGUGGGAUUCUUUUGCCCACGGGAAAGAAAAAAAAUUAAACAUUUUAAGCAUUUACUGUUUCUUCCCCCUCUUAAUGCGAACGUUGAUCCCAACUUCCUGAAAAGUGGUACAUGUCCUCUUGAGAAGCAAGGCUGUUUGUUGUUUUUGGCUGGAGAAUGGGGUGUUAUUGAAAAGUGAGGGAAAGACCGUUUAGCUCCUGUGCAAACAUAUCUGUGAAAUAACCCUACACCCCACCCCCCGGUUUGGUAUGCACAGAGUGGUUCUGUAGGACUGCAUCAGAGACAAUGUUUUCCUUCUUUGCUGGGCGUGAAACUAUAUCCCAGUCUAUCAUGAGUACUUCAGAGUGUGUUCACAUCUAAAGUAAUCUUUCCUUUUAUCCUUGGAAAUUUCAGAGAGACUGUCAUGGCGACUGGAGUGUAUGAGAUAGAGCCAUGUGAGGUUGAAGAGACAGAGGAAGAAUGUUCAAGUAAGUAAAUAUAUUGCACUUUUGAUGGCUGUUUUGAAGAUGUCCUGAUCUAUGGGUUGGCAACUGUCAGUCUGAACUAACCCCCAGUAAGCUGAUGAUAACUGGCCAGCAGCUGAGUCACCACUCCCACCAACUCCUCACCACUUUCUCUUGUGUAAGCUGAAACUCUGGCAAGGGUCUACUUUCUCCCCCCCCCCAGAGUAGCCUUACUGAACUGUGGUCCUUUAGGUAAUUUUGGGCUACCACUCCUAUCACAUUUGACUAUUGGCCAUGAUGGCUGGUGCUGAUGAGAGUUGUAGUCAAAAAAAAGACAUGGAUGCCACUCUGUUGGGGAAGGCUGUUCUAGAAUGGCCCUCAUGAACAGCAACAGAGGCCUGAAUGGCAGCAUGGAACAAUGGCUGGCUGACUGCUGUCCAAAAAUGUUUUUCAAAGUAGCAGCUAGGGAUGGGGGAGCAAUUUGAUUCAGUUCCCAUUGAAAGGUGUAUCUUAUCAAAUUUGCACUUUCCAAACCUAUAUGAGAACUGAAAAGCAGCCAUUGUUCAAAAUUCACGCUUAUCCAAAUGUUGUGCUGCAGUGCCCUGUAUCAACCAGCGUUUUUUUAAAAAAAAUGUGAGUAUAUGGGGAAAGUGUGCAUGAAAAGCAAAUUCUCAAAUGCAUUGUAUUAAUUAGGAGAAGUUUCUUGCAGAAAUGGGUAUAUUAGUCAAAACCGCAUACGAAGAUACGUUUCUUAGGAGGGAUUCACACUAAAAUGCUAGCAAACUUUCACUAGGAUUUAAAAAAAAUGCAGAUUGCUGCAUAAGCGUUGGGAACUGGAUUUAAGACGGGGGGAAGCUGAAACUGAGAGAACUGAAAUAAAACAACAACACCUGAAAUUGACAGAUCCUUCCAUCCCUAGUAGUAGGGUCUAAAAUUUCCUGUCUAAAAUCCUUUGGGGCAGGCUGCAAAUGAGCCUCCCCCAGAAGUUGUCCCUAUAGUCUAGGUGCCACCAUCUGUGUUCUGCUUUCUCGCAUGCGCGGCACACACCAAACUAUGGACUGUGUAUGAUUGUCCUUAAGAUAUCCUGAUGUUACACUGUUUAUGGAAGCCUUUAACUGUGAAUUCCUGGCAACUCCAAAACACAAACAUGUUUGGUGAUGAACAAAAGCGGAUCCUGCAAAGUCUACUGCUUUGCCAGUUUCCCUGUCUCUUAGAUCAAGAUGCCUAAUCACUAUCUGCAUCAAACUACGUGGCUUAAGUCAUGUUAAGUAUGUUGGCUGUGGCUGACAUCUCUCUCCCACAGAGCAAGGCAGAGAGAGAGGGCAGGUAGCAGCCUGGAGUCAUUGUUCACUCCACAAAGCAGUUACUGUGCAAGCCACUCUGCAGCUGAUGGUGGCACUAUCUUGCCCCUGCCAUGCAUGCUGGCACGAGGCGGAGAGAAAACAUUGCUGACAAAAUGAUUAGCUGGCGGGGAGGGGAGGAGAUGAAUUCCCAUUGAAGUGAUGCUUUUGUUUUCGAAGGAGCCCACCAGCUGUGAGGAUUUUUAAAAUGUCGGGUGCCCCUGUUUAGUCAAAUAAUAGAAUAUGUGUCGAGCCAGGUUCUGGUCAUCUCAUGACUUCUUUGCAUCCAAGAUAGUGCAAUGCAGCUGGGAAAAAAAUCUCAUCUUAGAGGGAAAGAAUGGGGGCGGCGGCAUGGAAUUAUGUGUAAUAAUCUACACAUUUAACAAAUGUAUAAGUUAAUUGUUAGAGGAACAGCCCAAUGUUUUCCAGGCAUGUGAAGGAGCAUAAGUUUCCUCCAAAAUCAGACAGAUCCAUAUUUGCUGCCAAAUGAAAAAAAUCGAAACUUUUGCUAUCUAGCAGGCCACGAGCCUUCAAAAAACCACCACUGCUAAUUAAGGAAGCAGCUGAACUAGUUUCGUGCAUUGUUAAUAUGUGAUAUUUUAGCAUAAUCUUGUGUAUUGUUCUUGAAAUCUUCAGCUGGAGUGGAGGCUAUAAAUGGCUUUUCCAUCACAUUAUUAUUAUUUCCUCCAGGGCUGCUAACAGCAAUCAAACAAAUAAAAUCAAAGUGAAUAAACUACAGCUCUCAUCAGCACCACCAAACAUUGCUAGUGGCCAGGGAAGCGGUACUGUAGCUCAGCUACAUCUGGAGUGGCAAGGUUUCCCAACACCUGUUUUAACUGCUGUGGGUAUUACAGUGUUGGGUCUUUAAGCUGUACGCUGCCUUGCUAUAUUUCUUACAAAAGUGCCAUUUAUAAACAAACAGUAUUUUAAACCAAUGCAGUAUAAUAAGAAUGAAGUAAUAAAAUACAAUGGACGCGGGUGGCGCUGUGGGUUAAACCACAGAGCCUAGGACUUGCCGAUCAGAAGGUCGGCGGUUCGAAUCCCCGUGACGCGGUGAGCUCCCAUUGCUUGGUCCCAGCUCCUGCCAACCUAGCAGUUCGAAAGCACAUCAAAGUGCAAGUAGAUAAAUAGGUACCGCUCUGACGGGAAGGUAAAUGGCAUUUCCGUGCGCUGCUCUGGUUCACCAGAAGCGGCUUAGUUAUGCUGGCCACAUGACCCGGAAGCUGUACACUGGCUCCCUCAGCCAAUAAAACAAGAUGAGCGCUGCAACCUCAGAGUCGGUCACGACUGGAUCUAAUGGUCAGGGGUCCCUUUACCUUUACCUUUAAUAGAAUACAAUACAGCAGGCAGCCAUUAGUUGGACAUACUGUUGUCUUCCAUUUUCUCACAGUCAUUAUAACGCCAGAGAGGUUUCCCCCCUUCAUGCCAACUGCUUUGACGUGACACUUUUAAAAUUUUCUUUGUGCAGAGAAGAAGAGAUCAAGGUUUCAGACUUUUAAGAACUUUUUCUCCAAGAAGAAGAAAAACAAGGAGCAGCCGUCCUCCCUGGGAGAAAUAAAAUUAAAGCCAAGUCAAUCCAGUAGUGAUGUCAGCAUCCGAAACCUUGAUUCCUGCAUACUCCAUUUGCCAAUAGAGCCUGGGUAAGGUAGUGCAAUUGUCUUGUAGCAACAGGUUAAAAGCAAGAAUUGUCCCACAGCAAGCUACACAUUUCAUUCAUGCUGGUGCACAAACAAAUCCCAGCGCUGCAGCUGGAAUGCCAGGAAUUUCCUCUUUUCCAUUUGCAGCGUGCCUCAAAACAGCUAGUGCAGUAAAAAACACACCCUCUGGACUGUUUUAGCUCACAGAAGCGCUGAGAGAUGGGAUUUGACCGUCUGUUGUCUAAAAUCCACCCAGACAGCACCAAUUAGCAUGGGUGCUGCAGGUGGGUUCGUCAAUAUUUUAUUGUUAUCAUAUGGUACCUGAAAUAUCAUGGCCUGAGCAGCUAUUUCAUACCACGAUUGUGGGAGGAACAUGACCUUAUCCCUCCACCUCCAAUAUGCAGACAGUGGCAACACUCUGCAACUAAUAAAAAAGGAUCUCUAUAGCCAAAUCUUGAACUUGCAGCAGUCCAAAAUACAGAGCGCAGAUGUGCACAGUAUUAUUGACUAAUACAAGGUAUUAUUUUAGGCCACAUUUCCACGAAGAACAAAGUCCCCAAGCCUGCUUUGUAUCGUGUAUUGUUGUAUGCAGUAGUGAACUCAGGAAACACAGAGUUGGAAUGGGCCACCAAAGGUCCUCUAGUCUGACCACCUUGCCAAUGCAGGACAGUCUGGCAGGCCAGUGUGAGAGCAGAAUGCUGGACAAGAAAGCUCUGACUCAACAGAGAUCUUCUUACAUGCUUAUUUGCUUCUCUAGCCUCUGCUCUUAAAAACCUCUAGCAAAGGAGAGUCCACCACAUUCCAAGGAGGCCUGCUCCUCUGAGCAGUGGAAACUACUCCAUUAGGAUCAAUGGUUCACUGCUCCACCAACCUCACUCUGACCCCCACCUUCCUGCCUUCUUACUAACAAGCAAGACAGUAGAUGGCACUGUGUGUCAGCUUCUGCCUCCUCCUUAGUCUCAAUGGUGCCCUUGCAGAAUUCAACAGGGAGGAGGAUGAGAACAAAACCAGGAAGAGUUGGCUGUGCCUGUCGUUGGGUCUUGCUUCACCUACUGUUGGGCUUGCUGCUUUCUGCCCCAACCCUCCCAAUGGGCACCAGAAACCACUGCCAUGGAGUCAAACCACUGGUCUUUCUAGCCCAGCAAUGGCUGUUCUCCAGGGUCCCCUUACAAAGGACUUUCACAGCCUCUGAUUAUUUAUCUGGCUCUUCUAUAGGCACUAAACUAAGGGUCCUGCCCUGCUUUCUAUGUUACUAUGGUUUUUAUGGUUAAGCCACCUUGGCUGCUACUUGUAGAAGCACAGCAAGUAAGUUUUCUUAAGUAUAUAUAAAAUAAGAGUUAUAAUAAAUAAAGUACUUUUGGUGGCAGACCCACCCAACCAGGUGCCCUCUAGAUGCUGUUGGACACCAAAUCCCAUCAGCCCCAACAAGUCGGAGCAAUACUCAGGCAUGAUCGGAGAUGUAGUUCAGCAAUAUCGGGGGCUCCAGCUUGGGAAAGCUGGAGUUACUCUCUAAGACCCAGGAAGCCUCUUUUCCAGCUUAGCUUUGAACACUCUGAGUGCCUUUUUAAGCUGCUAUUUCUUAGCCUUGGUGCCCUGUGCAUGGUAUGUAGGAAAGACAGCCCUACCUUACAGGACUGUUGUAAAAAUUAGUAUGUAUAUGUGGAGAAUGUAAGGCAGAGAUGGGAGCCAUCCAGACAUUGUUGGACUCAAAUUCCCAUCAGCCCCAUAAACCCUUGCCAGCAAAGACAGUGGCUAAGGAUGCUGGGAGUUGGAGUUCAGCAUCAUCUGGAGAGUCAUAGCUUCCCCGCCUGUGACUUAAAGAAACAUUUUUUUAAAAGCAUUAAAAUAUAGUUUUUUUAAAAGUCUGAACUGCCCCCUUUUUCCCAUUUCAGAUCCAAAGGGAACAUGGGAAACAAAGCCUUAUCGCACGACAGUGUUUUCACAGUGUCCUCUCCAGAAACCUUUCCAGGGAAGGUGAAAGCUUUGCAGGUAAGAGGACCUUCACCUCUCCCGAGGGUUGUGGUUUCUUGGUUCAGUUGAGGACUCUCCAGGAUCCCCCUUUCCUUCCAGCACAGUUCUGUCACUGAGAACCAGAUGCUGCCACUGUAAGUGGGAUCAUAUGAACCCACCAAGGAGGAGCAUGUGUUUCAAUGCAUGGUGGCCUCAUAAGGCGAGAGAAUCUCUCAAGUGAGCUCACUCAGUCUUGUCUUUUAAAACUUGGUGGGGGGGAGUGACAGCUGUUGGGACACCGCCUCCCCACCACCCUUCAGUCUUCCAUCUUUUUCCUUUAUCAUGUAUCUUGGGAAAAUGACUUCUGGGCCCAUGCUUGCUGCCAAGCCUGUGCCAUUAUUAGUAAGAGACACGGUUGUCAUGUUUUAGGAUGGGAGCAUGGCAAAUUAAAGCAUUUCAGCAUAGCAAAAGCGACUUCCUUUUCCAAGUCAGAACUCAUUCUUUGAGUGGCUGUGGAUAUAUGCAAAUUCCACAUGAGGAUGUGCAUCAAGACAUUUGUCUGAAUGAAGAUAUUGUACAGCCGCCGUUGGCUCAUUUCUGCCCCUUCCUUUUUCGUGUGUGUUCUCUGAAUGAGCACAUUUUUCAUUGGGUUGAUACAAAUGCCACAGAUUUCAGAGCUCAAGCCAAUUGACGCUGCUUUAGAGAGACCACACAGCAGGACUCAGUUACCCACCAGGAGUUCUUUGAAGUGCUGGAGAUCAACUUUUGGAACGUUUCUCCCCUGUCUCCAUGUUCCAUGAAAUGUGCAUGUUAUUAUUAUUAUUACAAGCUAUGCCCAAUACAAUUGUAACUAUAAGGAACUCGUUUCUUGCCCUCCAUAUCCGAUAAAAACUGAAGUUAUUGGUUUUUGCAGCCUUUAUCACAUUCUGAAGUUUGGUCACUUCCAGGUGACCUGUUUAUUGAGAUUUGUUUGCUGGGAGGUUAGAUGAUGUUGUACUGAGCAAAUGUUAUCCCACACUUCCCAUUGCAUUUCCUCAGUAGUUUCCUUAUUGUAAAAAGUCCAGCCUUGUGUGGAAGUAGAUUUGACAUGUAUGAGCUCCAAGUCGACCUCAGUGGUGCAACCUGAAUUUGCCAGGAUGUACUUGAUCCAAUAGGAAUAUUAUUACGUUUGUGUCCUCCAAGGUCUGUCCCAUCCUGUUGCCCACAAAGCUAGCCUGCUGUCCUCAGGUACAGUGGAGGAGGAUGCUAUCAUUGCCAGUGCUGAAGAGCAAUUAAACUCUCAGGACAGCUGGUUUUGAAUGCAUAUAGAGCUGUGGAAAUGAAGAGUACCAUCCUGUCCUAGGCUUCAGGUAGCAAACUCUCUUGGGCUGGCCCAGGUUGCAAUGUAAGGGUAGAAUGGAAACCGAAACAACCUUAGCAGCAUUGUACUUGCCAAGAGGGCUGCACCUCCUAGUUAAAAAAAAUGUUUGACGACUCCUGUGUACUUUUAUUCCUUCCUUUCCUUCCACCCAAACAGCUUCAGUUACAGCCGAACCUCGUGUUUCGAUCGCCACCGCUUGUUAUCCCCAGCAAGAGAAUGGAAGAGGUGGGUGGCAUUUCGGAAGACGAUGGCUUACCCAGAAGUCCUAAGGGAAUUUCCACCCUCCAUGAUGUACUGAUUUGUUCUGCGAACAAGGUAUGUGCUGUGCCCUUUUGAACACAAGGGAUAAUAGAGAAUAGCACUUUGGGGGCACUUUUCCCUCACACUAUUAAUGAUCUUGAGGUGUGGGGAGAGGGAGUGGGGUAUGCUGCUGGCCACUGUCCUCUCCUGCAUGGUGUGUGUGUGUGUGUGUGUGUGUGUGUGUGUGUGUGUGUGUGCGCGCCAGUCACUGGGAAUGAUCAGCUUUCAUGCAUUAGAGCAGGCUGCUUCCAACAGGGGAUGAGGACAUACAGUGCCACACUCACAGCCCUGCUCUCUCCUUCACACAUUUUAAAUUGUACUAUUGCAUUUAUAUUACCACUUUCCUCUAAGUAGCUCAAGGCAUAGCACAUUGUUCUCCCUCCCCUUCCAUCCCUGCUUUAUUCUCACAACAGCCCUGUGAAGUAGCUUAUGCUAACAGAGAAUAACUGGCCCAAGAGCACGCCAUGAGCUUUAUGGUUGGGUGGGAAUUUAAACCUUGGUCUGCAGUGUUUUAACCAUGGCACCACUGUUUAAUCAUGUGAAGGAUAAUGCCCGAAUAGGUCUAUUAUAUCAUGAGGUGUGGUGCCUCUGCCAUUUGGCAGGCAACAGCAAAUGUUUCACUACACGUUUCCUUUUCCUCCAUUCCAGCUUUAUUUAAUAUUAAUUUGGACAAAUCCUGAUAGUUCUCCAAAUCUUUAUGGUCAUGGUGGUUUCCCUCCCCACCCCUUUUUAAUCCAGUCCUCAAAUCAAGAAAAGAAAAGAAAAGAAAAGUGUGUGUGUGUGUGUGUGUGUGUGUGUGUGUGAAAGGGUAAAAGUAAAGGACCUCUGGACAGUUAAGUCCAGUGCUCAUCUUGCUUUUCGGGCUGAGAGAGCUGGCAUUUGUCCACAGACAGCUUUCUGGGUCAUGUGGCCAGCAUGACUAAACUGCUACUGGUGCACAUAUACAUGUAUAUGAAUAAGGGAGGGGAGCAGGGUUUGAAACUCCCAUUGUUCUUGGCGCAUUUUGCGACAGGGAAUUUCAUUAACGCGAGCAGUUUCUGAGCUCUGGGCGUAGUACUGCGCCUAAGAUUUCAGAUUAAAACUGCAGAGUGGAAGGAAAGGAGGACCUUUUUCUGCCUCCCCACUUUCGGCUACUCUCUGAAGACUAGAGAAGAGACCCUCUUAAGAAUAUUAGGUGGGUGGGCAGGGGAAGGACUAGACCAUGUGAAAAAUGAACAUAAUAUUUCAGCUGCAGUUCAUUCAUUUUCAGCUUUGUAUUCUGGUUAUAAAAAAGCGUGCUUAGACAUUCCAUUGCUGUGCCCAUAACUUAGGUUUAAGGUGCCAUUUAGCUCCUAGCUUUCAUAUUUCAGUUUCUAAUACUGGUGGGGAGAAAGACAUUGGUCUGCUGGAGCCCUUCGUAUUUUACAAAGUGGUGGCACUGAAAUGCAUACCGAGUGUUCUUGAAGCGUGGAAGAAACAUAGGGUUGUAUUCAACGAAGUCCUACUCGGAGUAGAAUCACUGAAAUUAAUGACCUGAAGUUAGACCUUAUCUGCACUAUCCAUUUAAAGCAGUAUCAUACCAUUUUAAACAGUUCCUACAGAGAAUCCUGGGAUUCAUCAUUUCUAGAGGGUGCUUGAGUGUUGCCAGGAGACCUUAUUUCCCUGACAGAGCCACAAUGCUCAGAGUGGUUUCACGGUCAAUCCCUCUUCACAGGGAACUCUUCCCAUGGAAAACCACCCCUAGAAAUUGCAGCUUGCAGCUUGUGGUUUUAAGGCCCCUGUUCCUCUUUACUUUCAUUUUUAUACGAAUCUGAUUUGGAGACGUCUCAUGAAGCCAAAAGAGAAAACUCUCAGGAGAGCCCUGCUGAACCAGACCAAAUGACCGUCUAGUCUUGCAUCCUCUUUUACACAGUGGCAAGCUAGAUGCCUCUGGGAUGGCCAGAAGCAGGGCAUGGGGGCAAGGGUGCUCUCCCGCUGUUGUUGUUGCAUAGCAACAGAGGUCCGCUGCCUCUGCUGCUGGAGGCCAUAGCUAGCUAUCAUGAUUAAGAACUUUAAGGAGACUUGGCUAAAGCUUUCCAGUGCACCCCAAAGCUUUGGAAGCAGCAGUUUAUUGAAAACACUUGCCAGGACUUAGAAACCAAACAUAACUUUGCACUGAAACAUAACAACUUUGUCCUUGCUCUGCGCAGGCCCUUUCCUGAAGAGCACUGGAGGGGUUCAACUCCCCAAUCAGCUAUGAAGUCCCUUGGGUACUGCCCACUGUCUUUCAGCCUAGCCUACCUUACAGGAUAAAGUUGAGGAUAAAAUGGAAAGCGGGAGAAGGCUAUAUGCAGUGCUUUUUUCCAGAAAUCGUGCGGCGGCAGCAGUGGGAGGCCCCAUUAGCUAAAGUGGUGCUUCAGGUUAAGAACAGUUUCAGGUUAAGAACAGACCUCCGAAACGAAUUAAGUUCUUAACCUGAGGUACCACUGUAAUAGCAACAAGUACAACCUCAUCUGUCCUAGUGGCAGCUAUUUUGGCAGUGCAACGAUAGUUGCCGGCAAUAUUGCCAUAAAUGCAUGAGAGAUGGGUGCUGUGUUGACAUUCCUCCCUCCACCCCCGAUUUCCCCCACCCCCUUUGUGUUUUCUCAUAACUGUCCUUUUUAUGUGCCAUCCUGGAGAACGUUAUGCCAGCACCAUGUUUCCCUGACUUAUCCCUUUCCCUUGUUUUAUCCUGCAGUCCUCAAUCCCUGCCCAGCACUAUAACUCUUUGAGUUUAGGUGGCACAGACAGUGAAGAUGACCAGGUAAAUAGCCAUUUCCCCAGCUGCUGCUGAAGUGGCAGCCUUUUGUACUUUUCCUGCUGCGGCAGAAUUCAAUCCCACACAGAACCAGACAGACCCCCAUUCCUCCAUAGCUUCACAUGGGUCUGAAAGACCUGUCUUUUUUCUCUCUUUUACUUCUGCCUUCAGGGUGUGUGUGUGUGUGUGUGUGUGUGUGUGUGUGUGUGGCUAAUUGUAAACUGAGCUGUAGAAAUAAAUGGUCCUUUGGUUUAAUUGGUUGUUUUAUGUAUAAGGCUUGUGCUGGGUGAUUGCUAUGUCUGUGCUGGCUUUGCUUUUUCUUCUUCUUUUAGUAGCAUUAUGAAAUAGGUCUUUUAAAUGGAACUCUGGGAACUGUAGCUCUUUGAGGGGAAUAGGGAUCUGCUAUAAUUCUCAGCACCCUGAACAAACUUACAGUUCCUAGGAUUUGGGGGGGGCGGAGCCACAGCUGUUUAAAAUUGUGUGGUGUUGAUUUAAAUGUAGAGUAUAGCACAGAUGGUACCUACCUUGUGCACACCAGGCCAAUAUCCGACCUAAGUUCAGCCUGUGAGUUUUGUGGGGAUUGGAAUCCUUAACUUUCAAAGUGUGUAGUCCAGCAAUCUCUAUCAACAAUAUUACACUCACUUGAUUGGACAACAGCCUACUUCAGUGCAGUAAUUUUCCCAGGUCUAAAGGUGGAAUCUUACUUACUUAUAAUGUUUGUUACGUGCUUACAUCUGAGUAUUUUAGCUUCUGAACCCAAAUUGUUGUUGUUGCUGUUUUUAGCGCAACAAUCACAUGUAUAGGGGAGGCCUGAAACCUAUUAAACUUGUCUGUCUGCAUUUUUCAGGUCACCUCAGAAUCUGCCUCCAGACCCCUUAGCCCACAACCCUCUGCAGUUGUUGGGAGUCCUACCUUGCCAUACUGCCACUUGCUUCCUGUUGAUUUCAGCCGUCCACCCACUCCGCUGGGCUGCCUCGACACAUCAGCAGCCAAGCACAAGAUUGCAAUAAACCCGCGAAAGCAGAAAGCCUUCACUCACAAAACCCAAGCUAUUUCAGUAAGUGCCUUCUGGAGGUUGGAAGAAAUUCUCUCUUAUGAGCCUUCCUGUUUGUUACGAUAUUCACACAGGACUCUGCUCCAAGAAUGUUCUUGCCCAGAUCUCGUCAAUGCUUGCAGCAUCAGAAUUCUGAGCUGACAGCAAGGACUGUACUACUUUGGGUUACUGAUGGGGAGCAUUGCAUUUUGAAUUGUUGCCUUUUUUAUUAAUUGCAAGAAGAAAACUAGCCUCACAAGGAAUGGGAUGGGCUAGUUUUCUUCUUGUAGGUUGGUAGAUUAUUAUUUUUUUAAAGAAAGAUAUGAGGGAUGAUCCAAUUCCUUCCUGGUUCUUUUGGAAGAGAUUCUUCCUUAUGGUUUUUUGUAGUCUGUAAUUUUUGUAGUCUGCCAGGCUUUGGGAAGGGUAGGUGUUAGAUUCAUGCCACUUUAUCCAUUCUACUUUGUCACAUUUUAUUGGUCUAUUGUCGUAAGCUGCCUUGAGGUCAAGGGGUGUGUUAAAACAAAUGAGUUUCCUUUACCUAUGGUUCCAUCAACACUGUUCUCUUUGGAUCUUGUACAGAAGCUCUUGAAGAAUAAAAGUUUGAUGCAAAACAAAGGAAUCAUUUCCCCCUUUCACUUUCCAUUCUAAGUUCCCAACAGCGCCUUUCAAUAUUACAUUGUGAAAUUGGUUGGCUGCCUUAAAAAGGCAGGCAGCUGAUCAACCCCCAACCCCCUUUUUGUUGGUUGAAAGCCCUUUUUGUUUAUGUUCAGUUUAAAAAAUGGAAUCUGUGCCCUCUGCAAAUUGUCUGAACUGUCUUUCUCUUUCACAAUAGGUAAAAGAGGUGGCAAAACAGCAAGGCCUUCUCAAACCCAGAGAAGGAAAACCAGACCAUGAAAAAUUACUUGAAGAAGAUGGUAGAAAAAAGGAGGGCUUGGCAGGUAAUGGCCUCCGUGUGUGUGUGUGUGUGUGUGUGUGUGUGUGUUUGCGUGCGUGUGCGUGCAUGCAAGAGUGUGAUCAUGCAUGUGCCAGCACAUGUGGGAGAGUGUGGGGAAGAGCGUUGAGGUUUGUAUUGGUUCUGCAGAUCAGAGACCUAUGGAAGAAUACGUUGUUUGCAAUGCAAAAGGUCCCAGGUUCAGUUACCAGCAUCUCCAGAUAGGGAUGGGAAAGACUUCUGUGUGAAACCCUGCAGAGCCAAAAGCAGCUGGUACCUCCCCCAUUCCUCUGCAUCCAGCCAGCCCAUGACAUGGACCAAUGAUCUGACUCUGCUUCUUGUGUUCUUUAACCAUCUUCUUCUCUCCUCCUUUCUUACUUAGGCCUAUCAAUCCAGAAUACCAGUAACUUAAAUGGGAGUCAAACUAAUGAUGCAUUAUCCAUGACAAGGGCCUCUGAUGCUUUGCAUUAUUCUUGGAAUGCUGGCCCUGGUGCUGAGGAGAAUUGCAGAUUAGAAUCUGAGAACCAGAACCGUAUGGAAACAGAUCUCCAGGCUUCUGUAACAGUGUCCUGUCCAAAUGCACUGUCCUCUCUAACAAAGCACAAAGAAGAAGAGAUGGAGGAGGAAGGGGUGAAAACAACUGGGCAACCAACUGAUAACGUCACGUCGAACUCACAGAGCUCCGUGAAAGAGAUCAUUGAGAAAUUUGAACCUUUGCAGACUGAAACAGAAGAUAUUAGAUGCUUAGAUGCUGCCUUGCCUGGGAAUAGCAUGGAUAAGGACCCUGAUGCAGCAGAAGAGUGUCACAACAUACCUUGCCUACAACCUGUAGAUCAAAAAGCAAAAGACUCCAUUGAUGGCAGUGAUGCAAUACAUAUUUAUAAAGCAGAAGAUAGGCUUGGUGACAGGGACACGCUUCAGGAAGACCCUGCACUGCACGGUCCACAGUUUUCUGCAUCCACUAUGGAGGCUCCCACAGAAGCAGAGAAGGCUGUAGACUCAGCCCUUGAAAAACACCAGAUACCCAAAGAAGUUACAGGAGGACGGUCUGCAGAUAUGGAAAUUCAACUGUGCAAAGGCCACACAAAGCCAACAGCUUUUCCACAGGGAGGACCAGCCAUCUCAGAUUCCCAAGUAGAUGAGCUUCCACUUCACAGUGCCGUGGGUGAGAAACCUAUCCACCCAAAUGAACCUUAUUGUUCUGAUUUGAACAGCAGCCGAGGCGGGCAAGAGGAUGCCAGCUUUAGAAACCUGAGCAACCCUUCUCCGGUAGGUCUGUCCUCUGCAGGAUCCCCCAAGGUUGCUCCUAAAAGUAGCUGUUCUGAUGACGAGGCCGGAGACUUACCAGGAAGUGUGAAAAUGGAAGAAAGCAAAGGUCCAGAUGAGAUUGCCAAGGCCCACCCAAAGUCCUCUUCUGCUAAGCCUGCCAGGUUCACCAUUGCAUCAGCCUGGCAGAGGUCUCUUUCGGGGGGUUCGAGUUCCAUGGAUAGUUCCUGCCCUGGAAGCACCCCUUCUUCACCCAUAAGACCAGAGUUGUUUGAAGGAAUGCCCCAGUUGGAUGCAGCCACAGAGGGAUAUAUAGUAAGGAGCCCAGAGUGUCUUGACAAGGGUAAUGGGACUGUUGGCGCCAACUUAAAUUCUGCAAACGAAUGGCCAAAAGAAAAUAUGCUUGACCGUGAGAGCCCAUUUGGGGUUAAGCUGAGGAGAACACCCUCUCUAUUGAAAUACCGAACCCAGCAGAAGUAUCACGAGCCUGCAAAGCAACUGACAUCUGUGGUUCCAGGAACCUCUUCUACUUUGGUCAAAGAAGAUCUGAUGCCAUCAAGUUCUGGGAAGCCUCCCCAAAAUCUGACAGGUGGCACUCAAGCUUCGGUUCCAAAACCCAUCUUCCAAAAGGAGAACCACCCCAUCAAAGCCAUCAAACCUGACGAAGAUGAAGCCAAGCAGCAGAUAGGCAAGCUCUCAGGUAUUUGCGUUAUUAGAGGCAUCUGCUUGUUGGCUGCUUGGUAAUGCAUGAAUGCUCAGGAGAGUGCUACACGUUAUGGCAGAUGUGUGAAACAGCUGUGUUUCAUGCUGCAAACAUCUGCAUGUCGCCCAACAGAUGAUGCUGGAAUCCAGCUUCCAUUGGCCUGAGCCAGCAUAGCUAGUGCUCAUGUACGAUGGGAGUUGUGGUUCGACAAGUUGUCUGUAUAUGGUGUACAUAAUUACCUUUAUUUCUUAAUGUGUAGGUUGCAUUUAUGCCAAAAUUCCACCCCUGUAUAUACAUUCAGAAAACCACGUUUUUAUACAGGUUCUGUGGGCAUGGCUGCACUAUGAACACAGUGGACUUUUAAAUUGUUAUUUUUGUGCAUAUAUGCUAUUUCAAGUUCACAGAACGUUGGGACAUAAUAAACCAAUAAAAACAUUUGAGUUUACUUUCAUUCAUUCCAAAAAUCCAUCAAUCAGAUACAUAAGCACUACGUCAGUUAGAAAUAGAUCAUCUGAACCAUAGCUUGAACAGUUUUUGCAGUUUUUAGGAUGCAUUUUGACGUUUGAGACUUUGAAUAACUGUAAUGCAGGGUUUGCUGUUCAGCUGUGCAUUGACAUGAUUUGAAUUCCUCUUCUUGGAAUUACGCACUUUGCAGAGUCUGGAUCAAUAAAAGGGUGUUUAAUAACUUUCCUUUUUUACAAACUGUGUGUGUGUGUCUGUGUGGACUUGAACAGACUUACUAAGGAUUAAUAAUAUACCUCUAUUUCCAUGGGCAGUAGCUUUGUCAUAUCAGCCACCCUCUGGUCUGCCACUGCUGCUGUUGAAUGCUAAGUCAGUGCUGAGUAAGACCUCCCUCACCACAGAAUCUGAUUGUGGAUGAGGAGGCUGAACUAGUCUGUAUCACUGAGACCUGGGUGAGUAGGGUGCAGUUGGUCUCAACCAGCUUGUACCCACCUGGGUACUCAGGGCAGCAUCAGGGCAUGAAACAGUUGAGUUGGGGUAAUCCAGAGUUUUGGAGUUUUCUUUUACAUCUGCUGGUGUGGCAGUAGAUGUGCUGGACUGUUGUCUUUCCUCUAUAAUGGAUUGGAUGAUAGUCAACAAACUGAAGCUCAAUCCAGAUAAGAUGGAGGCACUGUUAGUGGGCGGUUCCCCAGACCUGCUCUUAAUGGGGGUUCACUCCUACCCAUUAAGGUUCAGGUACAUAGCUUUAGGGUUCUUCUGGAUCCAUUGCUGUCACUUGAGGCUCAGGUGGCUUCAGUGGCCUGGAGUGCCUUCUAUCAGCUUUAGUUGGUGGCCCAGCUGCACCCCUUUCUGGAUAGGGAUAGCCUAUACUGUUGUCUAUGCUCUAUUGGUUAGAUUACUGCAAUGUGUUAGAGGUGAAGCUGCCUCUGAAGACAGCUCAGAAACUUCAGCUGGUGGCCAGGUUGUUCCAGGACCACAAUACCUCAAGGACUGCCUCUCUCCCUAUGAACCGACCCGGACCCUGUCAUUAUCAUCUGGGGCCCUGCUCUGUGUAGCUCCUUCACAAGAGGUCUGGAAUGCGGCAACAUGGGAACAUGUGGCUCCCCAUUUAUGGAAUACUGUCCCCAGAGAGGCUUACCUGGUGCCACCUUUACAUAUCUUUAGGUGUCAAGCAAAAACUUUCCUCUUCACCCAGGCCUUUCGCUGAUUAAACAAUCUACAGCCUUUUAAAGUGUUGGUGGGCGGCAGCGGGGGUAUUGUUUUCUUAAUUAUGUCAUGUAUUUUGUGUUUUUAUGUUAUGUAUUUUGUGUUUUUAUACUGUGACCUUUGGAUGAAGGGAAAUAUAUACAGUUGAUGAAUAAUAAUAAUCUUACAUAUUUGCGAUUGUGCCUGUCCGUGUGUGGAUUAAGUGUAUGUGAUCGUGUGAUUGCAGUCCCCAAACAGAUUUUUUCACCAAGGCUGCAUGGCGCUCUGCAUGCGUCCGGUGCACCGGGAGGGAGGCCAGUGUGAAAGUUUGAUCAGCUUCUCUUCAAUCCCUAGGGCAAACCCCGGCCUCACAUCUGGAAAGCACAUCCUCUGAACCAGCAUGGAUUCUGAUGGCAAAACUAAAGCAGAAAGGCUUCCAGGGUCACCCUCUUGCGAAAGAACAGAAAUGCGAGGAUAAAACCUCUGCCAGAACUGAACAAGGAGGGGAGAAGCACAGCAGCGUUUCUCAGCAGGAAAAGGUGGCUGCAUAUUGACCCUUGUCCAUAUCAUUUAGCGGGAUAGUUUUGUAGGAUGCUCUCCGUUGGUAUACUCGGAGAUUGACUGAUUGUUUUAUUUCUGAUUUUAAUUUUCAGUAAUUGUGCACCUUGUCACAUGAGUACGUGUGUGUGUGCGUGCGUGCGUGUAUAGUUAUGUAGAAAGCUGCUUCAUCAGGUCAGACUGUUUGGCUCUUUGGGUUUCAACAGGAUUCUUCCAAUCCAGGGCCAGCACCAAGGGCAGGUGUUACUGGGCUCUUUUCAAGGCCCUGGCCCCUGACCACUGCCACACUCUGCAUGCAGACUUAUCUUCCUGCUCCUCUUUGCUGUCACUGCCUGUGUUCACCUCCUUCUCUGAGCAUGCAGGCAGUGAUGAGCGAAGGGACACAGCUGCACCAUCCACAGGCCUUAGUAGGUGGUUGUCUGGAGCAAGGAAUGGGUAGCAGUGCCUCGGAGAGCAAGAGAGGAGCCUAAGAGGUGUCCAAAGAAGCACCUUUGCAGAACCUAGAACCAGCAUUGUUCCCAUCAUCUGCUACUUAAGUACCCCUUCAGCUUUGGCUACCAGGGAUUAAACUGCCUAUGCUCUGCCACUGAGCCAUGGCCACUCUCACUAAUACUUUUGGAUAUCAGGAUUUAUUUUUUUUAAGAGCCUAACUCUUCAAAACUUGACUUCAAAAUUGUGACAAUUGCAGGGAAGGAAGCACAACCUGCUUAGUUUAGACAUGGUCUCUGGGUUUGUGUGUAGGGUACUUUGUUUUGGUGUCAUGUGAACAAUGGGUUAAAGUACACAGUGCUUGGGCUCUUGAGUUGAGGAGCACAUCCCACACGUCUUGAUGUUCUGAGAUAAUGCUUCCAGGUGCACUGGGUUACCAUAGUAACACCAGCGGAGGUCGAGCGUAUGACUUCCUGAGAGCUUCACCCUCUCCUCAGUAUAAUGGUCUCUAGGGCAGGGUUUCCUAAACUUGGGUCUCCAUUUGUUUUUGGACUGCAGCUCCCAUUAUCCCUAGCUAGCAGGACCAGUGGUCAGGGGAUGAUGGGAACUAUAGUCCCAAAACAGCAGGAGGAGACCCACGUUUGGGAAACCUUGUUCCAGGGCAUUGUGUUCAUUAUGUAUGUCCUGAUGUCUGUGUCCUGACGCAUGUCCUGAUGCUACCCUGGUUCCUGUCAGGAGCUGACUCUGAAUCUGUGAGAGUCAGCAGAAGAGGCUGUGGGUCUGCAACCUUAGAAAACGACUGUUAGUCAGUGGAUGGAACAAAAGUCUUUCUCAGCAUAAGUCACUUUCUUAUGUUUCUAUGACUGUUGUGGGAGUACUUUAUGCACAGAAACUGUUCAUGGCUCAGCCAACCCAUUCAUCUUUCAGAUGGAACAGUCCUGCUGUGGUAAAUCUUUCUUUAGGAAGCCAGAAGCCAGUGCCAAGUCUGCACUCCCCUUUGAUGCUUCAACCCUGGUCUGUAUAAAUCAAAGUUACUUUUUAUGUCUUUCGUCUCCUGGGUCUGAUAUAUUGGACAGAAGUGGGAACUGAGCCUGUAAUUAAGGCUUGAUGAAGUUAGGCUGGCUCUUAAAACGUUUAUGUACGUGUUUUUCAAAUGCUGCUCAGUUUUAGAUUUUUAUAGUUUCUAAUUUGCAUAUAAGUUUAGUGAUAGGAUUUUGAUGGUGACUUGCAAAGUGGCAUACAAGCUGCAAUGUAGGAAGAAUCCGUCUGGAUCAUAGCUGUCAACCUUCCCAUUUUUGAGGGAAAUUCCCUUAUUCCAUCGCCGUUUCCCGCUGCUUCCCGCUGCUAUCCCGGAUUGUUAGAUAUCCCGUAGACUGUCCCCGAGACAGGUGAGGCUGCUGAUCCCUUAUUUUCGAGGCUGCUGAUCCCUUAUUUUCAAAUCUGAAGGUUGACAGCUAUGCUCUGGAUUUGUGUUGGUUUGCUUACUAGGCACUUAAACAAGGAUUUGACUGUGGCUUAGAGUCCUGAUUAAUACACUGACAUUAAACCAGAGUUCCCUAUUUCAGUAGUAAUUAGGAUGCAAUUGCAAUGGGAGGAAGGGAAAAGGAGUGCCUAGGCCUGAAGCUCACUCCCAACUUUCUAAACCACUGUUUGUUAAACUGGAAAAACCAUUGGGUGAAAUCCAACACUAGUCAUAUGUUACUGAUUGAAGUCAAUGGACUUAAGUCACUCAAGCUUCAUCUGCUCUGCAGUGCAUGAAUUGCAUUCUUCUUCUUUUGCCUUAUAGCAAACCAAUUUUACCAGUGAGAAUAUACUGAAGAAGACCAGCGCUCCUCAAGUACGUACACUUGAGAGUAAAGUCCCAUUGAAGAUGGCUCCAUCAGCUAUAAAAGGUAUUAAAAACUGGAAAAAAGAACAGGAGUGGUUAUUUAACCUUCCCCCAUUGAGCUCAACUAACGUGGAAGGGAUGUUUAAACUUUGAUAUAGCACCGUGCUUGGAUGGAAAUAGCAGCUAUAUUUGGAUAUAUUGCAGGAUGAUGCAUGCAUGCAAUUCUUCCAUGGGCAGUGAAAAACUUCAGGGGCAGUCUUCACUGAGACUUGGGUUCAUUUUGAAGAAGAUUCCUGCAUAGUGGGAGGUUAGCCUAGACAACCCUUGAUCACCCAGGACAUACGACUUAUUUACAAAUAAACAAGCAGAGCACAGGUGGAGGUACAGCGUUGACAGUUCUUCCAGGAAAGAAGAUUCACUACCUCCCCUUCAACAUGUUUUCCAUCUUUCCAGGAGAAUUUCACAUCUCUUUGUGAAUUUAGAAAACUGCCUUUGACUUAAUCAGGCCAUGGAUCUAUCUAAUUUGGUGCUGUCUACCCUGAUAGGCAGCAGCCAUCCAGGACUUUAGGCAGAAUCUCUCCCAAGGAUUGCCAGGGAUUGAAGCUGGGACCUUCUGCAUACAAAGUAGAUGAGCUAUAGCUCUUCUUCCCCUUCUUACUCUGCCUUAACCACAGUUUAUUGAAGCACAGCGACACAGGCACCACAGGCACCAUCCCUUAAUUGAGGAAGACAAUAAUUCCUGCACUCUGAUGACCCCCACUUUCCAGGAUCAGGAAGCCAUCCCCUAACCAAGGGAUGGGGAACCUGCAGCCCUCCAGGUGCUGUUGGAAUCCACUUCCCACCAUCCUUGACCAUUGGGCAUGCUGGCUGGGGCUGAUGGGCCACCUCUGGAGGGCCACAGCUUCUCACUUAUUGUUUUAAGCCAGUGUUUCUCAAACUUGGGUUCCCAGCAGUUGUUGGGCUACAGUUUGCAUCAUCCCUGACCGCUCAUCCUGCUAGCUAGGGAUUGCAUCCUCAUUAUGCAAAACUUUCCCGGGUAGCAUGAGACUUUUUACAGUCUGGCCCAAAGGAGGUAGCAAAACUGAUUAGAGCUCACUGUGACUUGUUGACAAAGCAUUUUGAAGAAUAAAUCACUUGCAUCUGCUGAGAACUCAUCUCCAGUGUUACGCAGUUUAAUCUCAAGGGGGUUACAUGGCACUGCUUUGUCCUGUUGGAUGAGUUUCAGUAAGGCCCAAGGACACAGACAUAGCGCUUGGAUCGGUCAGAGUGACCGCCUGUUCUCUGAACCCCUGGCCCUCUUGGCUGAUAAAAACUAGCAGGGAGGAGACAGCUGGCUCGGCCAAGGAGGUGAUUAAUGUUUUCUUGUGAGGAAGUGGUUCGUGCUUGCUUGAAGGAUGCAGCGAUAAGACCACUCCUUAAGAAACCCUCCCUGGAUUCAAAAAAUCUGAGCAAUUUCCUGUCUGUUGUCAAUCUCUCCUUCUUGGGCAAGGUUCUUAAGCGGGUGAUGAAAGACCAGAUCCUUGCUUUCUCAGAGGAAACUGAUUUUCUAGAUCCAUUUCAACUGGAGUUUAGGCCCAAUUUUGACACAAAAAAUGCUUAGGUUGCUCUGUAUAUUGAUUUUUGUCAGGAGAGAGGCAGGAGAAUUAAUUCUCCUUGACUUCUCAGCAGCUUUUGAUGGCAUCAACCAUAGAAUCCUUCUGUAGCAACUGUCCAAGCUGAGGGGUGGGUGGCAUGUUUUGUGGUGGUUCUGUCCUACUUGGGUGGUUGUUUCCAAAGGGUGAUGCUUGGGGUGUGCUCAUUAGCCCCAUAGAGCCUACUUAAUGUCCUCCUUUUCUCCCCAGCAACAUCUGUUAGAACAAAGCCUCAGGAAGCCCCUCAAAUGGAAAAGGAAACGAGGCCAUUGCCAAGCCUACCAAUGUCAUCGUGCAGCCCUGCUGAGCCACCUUGGCUUUCUCUGGCCAGGAAAAAGGCCAAAGCAUGGAGUGAAAUGCCUCAGAUUGUUCAGUAGCCAUUCGGAAGAACUGUCUACACUGCCAAUAGCUGCAUUAAUAGCAUAUACUAAUGUUUUCACUGUGAUCAUUUAUUGAGGGUUUGGAGGGAUGAUGGGAAGCACUGGUGAAUUGGGGGGGGGGGAUUUCUACCACACAUUUAAUAUGAGGGUAACCAUUGGAAUUAUUAAUACACUGGGUGCUUUUCACUGUAAGACAAUAAUUGCUCCAGGAAUCUUUGGCCAUAUGUUACAGUAUCAGUGUUAAGGUCAAAGACUCUGCUGAGAAGGACCUUGAAGGUGGUUACACAUUUCCCAUUUAAAAAAAGCCACCUGAGAUACAGUAUUCCUGCACUGGGUGGAAAAUAUUGUGCUGGUAUUUCUGGCUUUUCUGUUUUCUGCCAAAAAGACAGAAACCCUAAGCAGGCCCUGGAUUGCCAGUGGCUGAUGGUGAGGCUACAAAGAUGGUGGCUGUGUUCUGUUCUUCAAAUAGUGAACUUAGUUUUCUGACAGCAAGUGCAACACCAGUGCCUGCUUUGAUAGUAACCAAAGACAUCUCUCACACACAGACUUCCUAUUGUAUGGGAGAUAUGGUUGUGCAAGGAGACGGAUUGUACCGAUUUUCCAGAUGUUUAGAGCCAGUCCAAAGUACUUGUCGCUCAAUGGAAGAGGUACCCAAUGUGGUGCUCUCAAGAUGCUGGACUACAGCUCAAUCCACCCUGGCAAGUGGGACCAUUGGUAAAGCAUGUUGGAAGUUGUAGUCCUAGCAUCAUCUGGAGGUCAUCAUAUUGACUGCCCUUGUGUGGAGACCCAAUGGCAAUUCAUGGUAACCCUUUCAACUCCAUUUCCCCCAAACAUCUACUGCUGCCCAUCCUAGUUUUUACCUAUACAGGCAGCAGAAUAGCAGCCAUGACUUCAAGGUGUGUUUAUUUGUGGGAAAGGGCACAACUGGAUAGUGCUGCUCUUGGCAAUGAAUGAUUGCCAGUAAAAUAGCACUUGAUUCAACCAUUCAGGAAUGUCCACAUGCCUAUCCAGAACUGUCUGCAAAUACAACAAAUCUAGCUUAAUAUUUUUUUCAGGCUUUGGCAUAGAUGUCUGAACCAGUUAUGCAUUGUAAAGAGCAUACGUAACACCAAGCAGAGUUGAGUUUUCUUGCUGAGCAUACUCAGAAUCUGAAUCUGCUGCAGCCCCUCAGAUUUUCCAAAGCAUCUUGUCGCUGGCGAUGGAUGAAGUGGAUAGGUUGUUUCUGUUCCCUUCCAAGGAAAACAGGAAGCCUUAUAGUUGCUCAGGUCUUCCCCUGUUCCUUAUGAUCCUUUUGAGCCCCAGUCCAAGAAACUGGCUGUGAAAUUCUAACUUGGGAUCAACCUCCGAUACCAGACUUUGCUAACCUGGUGCCCUUCAGAUGUUUUGAACUACAACUCCCAUCAGCUCCAGUUAGCACAUGCUGGCUAAGGCUGAUGGGGCUUGUAGUUCAAAACACCUGGAAGGCACCAGGUUGGCAAAGGCUGCUCUACACAUAAUGAUGUCUUCCUUUUGCACUAGGUAUUUAAAGCAGUAUCAUACCACUUUAAACAGCGGUGGCUUCCCCCAAAGAAUCCUGGUAACUUUGCCAUGGGUACUGAGAGUUGACCCCUGUUCCCAUCACAGUGCUACAGUUCCCAAUCAAUCCUUCUUCCCAAGGAAUGCUAGGAAUUGUAGUUCUCUGAGGGUUUCCUAACAAGUCUCAGUGCCCUGAACAAACCACAUCUUUCAGGAUUCUUUGGGGGAAGCCGUGACGGUUUAAAGUGGUAUGAUACUACUUUAAUAGUAUAGUGCUGGUGGGCUAUUGUCUUGGAAUGCUGUCCUGCCAUUCCUGAUCCUCUUCUUCUAUGUAAAGGAUACACAAAUCAAUACAUUCCUGGUUUCUGUUCAGUUCUUUAUUCUUUAUUGUUUAUUCUUUAAAAAGAAAGAAAGAAAUGUCUCUUUUGAAAUGUAUGGAAUGUAUAUAUGUUUUUGUAAUCCUUGCCUUUCUGGAGCACAUUUUCUUUUUCUUUUUUUGUAUUUUGUUCCCACACUUUGUUUACUAUUAAAUUCUUUUGUCA